AUGGCUCUCCGCAGGACGACCGCGGUCGCCCUGAUUUUGGUGGCGACAUGCGCCCGUCUGCAGGUCGCGUCGCUUCAGUGCGGCGACGACGGCGACGUAAGCUUCGAACUGCUCACCGGAUACGCGGCCAGCCCGGCGGCCAAGCACGCGAUGCGCGAACAGUUGGCCCUGUUCACGUUGCCCCAGUGCAUCGAUGCUUGCAAGUCCGACGACCAGUGCGCCGCCGUUACGUACGAGACGGGAGUCUGCGUAUCGUACGCCGCGGUGCCACAGAAAAACGCCAACACCGGUACGGUAUAAAAAAUUAAAAAAUUAAAUAAACACGUUUUAUAUUUUGUUGUGCUGUCUUAAACCGGCCAAUCAACGGCCGAUGGCGAUGUAGUCUCGAGUACGAAAUUAUAACAGUGGACCGAACUGACAGCUUUUUCUCUCAGCUUACCUGCAGGAGAGUUGUUCGUAUGAUCGCGAAUGGUCAGGAAAAAAAAUGUUGUUUCGGUUAAGAAUUAGAAAAUAGAUAAUACUAAACUACAAUGUUUUUGGUUUAUGACGGGCAAACAAAAAAGAAAAUAUUUUUCAAAGUCGGUCGAUCAAAUGUACUUGUCUGUAUAAUUAGUCCUGUUAAGUAUUCGAAUACUUGUAUUUAAAUAGUUAAAACAUAUUUUGUUUUCCUUAUUUUUAUCCCAUAAUCUAAAAUACUUAGAUUUACGCUACCGUAAUAUUUUUACGAUUUUUAAUUUUGAUUGUUUCUAAAAUUCCAAUGUUAUGAUGGUAGGAAAAUUUGAAAGAAGAUUUUUUCAAAAUAUAUCGUUAUAAUAACUCAAUAAUUCAUUUAAAUCACGUAAUCUAUUAAUAAGAAUAAUAAUACUGCACCUUGAAAACAUACGUUAUAAUAUAUUCCUCGCCGAAUAUAUUUUAUUAUAUUAUAAUUCCUAUAGCAAAUUUAAAUUAAAAUCGCUGAUAUACUCGGUGGCGUGCUGAACAUUUUUUUUAUUUUUCUUGAGGCAAACUAAGGAGACAUUUUGGUACCUACCUACUCAAAACAUAGAUUUUGAUAUCUCUUUAAAAUAUUUAUUUUUUUUACCUAAAAAAUCCCAUUUAGUUUACAUUGACUAUGCAUUUAGACUAUCAUAUUCAUAUAUAUAUAUAAAUAAUAUAAUACACAAAACUAAGACGUCUCUGAUCUUUGGACUAGUCAAUCAAUAUUCAACAUAUUCGGUGACACAUCCAUUUAAGUCAUGAAGCAGUUGCCUUAAAAAAUAAAAAAUAAUUCGGCAUGCCACUAAGUAAAUGAAUAAUAGCAAUCAAAUGGAAUUCAAAAUUUUUUUUUAUUAUUAUUCUAUUUCACGUCAUGAAUAUUUAUGAGUAUUUAGGUGUCUAAUAAAUUUCCUAGCGAUGAGAAUUUGCGAGAAUAUAAUAAUGCGUAUAAAUAACAACUAAAAUAAUUGAAAGUUAAAACCCAAAAAGUCAACAUUUUGUUUUUCUAUUUCGAAUAUAAUAAAUGUUCGGAUGAUUCGAAUAAACGCAGAGGUUAGUUUAGGUUAGGGUGACAUGACGGUCGGGCAACUACCGGGAUAGCCCCGGUCAUUAUUUUGAUUCAACAGGUAAAAAAACAGUUGAUGACCUUUUUCGCUUAUUAAUUAAUAUGAGUGUACGGACAGGUGUAUGAAAACAGUCAAUGACCUUUUUUAUUGAGCACUAACUUCGAGUAGUACACUUAGCCCCCAAUUUGGUUAAUAUUUUGUCACGGACUUUAGAACUUCAUAUUAUGCCACUGAUAAAACGUCGAAUGAAAUCAAAAUCGCAAAUAUAUUGCUUGUUGAAAAUAUUGGCCAUAUUUUAAACUUUGCUAUCCGUCGCAUAAUGAUACGAGCUGUCAGCUGUAUCUUUAUUUAAUAUUAAAUCUUUUUAUCUUUUGAUUUAAUACUGCAGGUAGUUUAUUACUAUCGUCGUUAUUAAAUUAUAAUUCGCGUAUACGAUCCUUAAUGGACGUGUCCUUUGAAAUAUCGACUAUAUUAUAAUAAGUUCUUUGAUGUAAAAUAAUUUGAUUAUCUAUACCCAUAACUUUAUAAUGGUAUUACAGAUUUCUGUUUUUAUACGGAAAUAAUAUAUGUCACGAUUUUGAUGUAGUUACAAUAAGGUACCGUUGACAGUUACUUAGGCAAUGCACGUAAUGUAAUACAAAUUAUAUAUACAUCGAUGAUAAUAUUUAAUUAUUAUUAUUUAUGAUGGUUUUCGAAUAAAAGCACUAAAUGUAAAAUUAAAAGACCGCAAUAUUCCGGAGGGCAAAUUAUCAUAAAAAUGUACAAAUAACGACCAUUUUGGCAUUUUUAAACUUCAAAAACUUUUGAAAAAAUCAAUUUUGUUUACCAAAAAAUCGCAACGUUUUACUCUCCGGAAUAUUGUCGUAUUUUAAUGAUAUAAUACAGUCAUACAGGUGCUUUUACUCUAAAACCAUAUAACUAAGCGAGUUAUUCUCAGUCCGCGAAAAUACGUUUUUACCACUGGACGGUGUGGCGUUUUCUUAAGAUUCGUCGUGUUUGAGUUGAAAAAUGUGCGAUUUAGGAUGAUUUUGUAGAUAACUAUUGAUAAUUAUACAUAUAUUAUAUUUUGACUAUUUUGAGGCGAAGAGGAAUAAUUCUAUUACGUUUAUACUGCAUGCGUGUGCGUAUGUGUUUUUUUUGACAACGAUUUGUGAGACAAUAUAUUAUUAUAUAUUGUCUGUAAUAAUAUAUAAACAUAAGUACCCAUGUUUUUCAUGUAAAAAUAUGUAUAUACUGUGGAGAGAAAGUUUAACAUACAUAAUUACGGUAUACUGUAGAGCAAUGAUUUGUUUUUUUUUUUUUUUGAAUUACCUACCCAUAGGCUAUAAUAGAAUGUCUAUGGAAAAAAAAACGAAAUUGUAAAGAACUAGAAAAGAAUAAAUACUAUUGAACAUGAUAAUUAUUAUUCUAUAGCGCACAGAAAUAUUUUAAAUACAGAAUACACAGAAUUUUACAGAAAACUGUUUUUGAAUGCAUUUGUCGGCACCGCAUAAACAUUUUUACAACAGCACGUAAACUUAUACAUACUAGGGCAUACAAUUAUUAUACUAAUAAACAAAUUCGGUUAUAAAUUCAGAACAGUGGCAUAAAACAGAGGAACGCAGGGAAUGCGGUUGCAUCAGGGCCCUAAAUCUAAGGAGCUUUACUGCCUUCCCAGAAUACUGUAUUUUCGUCAUUAGGGAAAAUAUGUACGCGUUGAACAAAAUAAUAAUCCAAAAUAAUAUCUUGGUUUAUAUUAUUUUUGAGUACCUGCAAUUCGAAUAAAUGAUUACAGUGAAACCUCUCGCAACACACUAACAUUUAGUGUGGUUAUUGCCGGGACCUUAAAAUAAAUAAUUUAUUUUAAGGUCCCGACAAAAAAUCAGGGGUUUUCGUGUAUUUUGAAUUUCGACCCGUCUAUAAGGGACGUGGACAGUAAUAUUUUCUUGAUAACGAAUAUCAAAGUUUAAAUUCGUACCUAAUAUUAUUAGCUAUAUAAUAAUAAUAAUAAUGGUAAAUUGGAAAUACGAAUACAAAUUGCCGAAAAAUAUGAAAAUAUACGUGUAUCUUUUAUCAUAUUUCAAUCAGAAUAAUCGUCAACACGUAUUAUAUUAUUAUGUACUACGCAAAGGCCGUAGUCUAACUAUAUUUUUAACAGUAUUUAUAAUUUACUUUUUUUGUUUGUGAUUUUGGCUAUUUCAAUACAAUCUGUGUACAACGGAUACCUGUCUAUAACAGACAUUUUUUCUGGUACCGACAGGUUUCACUGUUCAUAUUUAUAAAUAACGAAACUCAACCGCUUUAUCUAAGAAACCAAUAGUUAAAAGCUCGUAAAGUAAAAAUGGAACGUUAUUUAUUUAUUAUAAAUGUAUAUGUAGCUUUUAAUAAAUUAUAUGUAUAAAUAUAUUAUCUAAUAUUUAUAAGUAUAUUUAUUUGAUACAAUAAAAACAGACCAAUAAAAUACAUUACUUAUGCUAGUUUUAUCUUUUUACAUUUUAACCUAAUAGGAAAGAGAUGUUUAAAUUGUACGCAUUUGGGCCGAGUUUUCAUACCUACGCCUCUGAUUCGGAAGUAUACUAUUAUUAUUAAAUUUGAAAUUUACUUAGAAACAGUAUCAUUCGUUUUAAAUACUGAGUGUAUAGCGAAGAAGCUAUUAGAAUAUACUACUAGUUGUGUAAUAUACUAAGUAAUACUAGUAAUAUACUACAACUGAAAAUGCCCCAAUUUUUUUAAACAGUACCUCAGAAGAUACGAAUUUUUUAUCUGGUUGUACUUUGUUUUAAAUAUUUAUCGAUAUUUUCAACAGUUCAUUCCAUAACACUAUUUGGAAAAAAAUGUUUAGAUUCCCGACACUUUUUCUAUAGGUACUGAUUUCUGGGUUAUUUUAGCUAUACAGGACAAAAAAAAAAAAACACGGCUAAUACUACUAACACUGUUUCGAUCAGAAUAGUUUUUUUUGUUUACAACGAUUUAUCGUUGCAUAUUCAGUACAUAAACUAAAUUAACCUGUUUUUUCUACCUUCCUAACUACCCACCUACAACAACCUGUCCUGCCGUGGUUAAUAUCAACUGUUUAAUGGUAAUCAGGAAAAUCAAAAGUAGGUAGGUAUUAUUUUAUUGAACAGAUAAAUGUAAUAUAAUAUUAGUGAUGGUUCACUUCACGUAAAAAUUGGGUUUAAACGAGUUACGCGAUAUUUGUUUUAAACGAACUGAUUUACGAUAAUCGUAUCGUCUUAAGUACGAGUAUUAUAUUCUGUUCGAAUCAAAAACGUAUACAGUUAAUUAUGCAGGUACUAUAAAAACUAUGGCCGAAAAUGGAAUUACAAUUUAAAAUUCAAUAUUUCGAUAGAGAAACGGAAAUUAAACCAUUUACAUUUUUGACCGUUUGUCUUGACGUUCGUUCGAAAAAUAAAAUUUAUAAAUUUAUAUCACAGCACAAUUGAAAAAUCUUAAUAUAAUCAUUAUUAUUAUUUCUCCAAGAUGGUAUUUUCGGUAAAAACUCUUUUUCUCCCUUUAAACUUAAUCAAAAUCGAUAAACGAGAUAGGUGUCAUUCAUACAUUAAGUUCUACGUUUCUGAUGAAUUAGUUCACAAUAUUUGUAUACACUGUAUUUGCUCACUGAUUUUGGGCCGGAUUUGCUCAUUACGACGUGCAACGAAAACCCGUUGCUAUAGGGAAAUUUAAAUCCGUUAGUUUUGGAUUCUGAAUGCAGCGUUAUUGGCUGUAGGCUGUUUUACUAAAAUCUGUUUCUUGUUUUCCUAGAAAAAUAAUUUUUAGUUGUUAGUAAAUAUAUAAUCCGAUUUGUUCAUGUCAAGAGUUAAAAGUUGCGAAUUGUUCGACUAACCGGGAAAGUAUACAUAAAUAACGAGUUCGUUAUUUUCAAUUUUUUUUUUUGUGAUUUAGUUCAAAAUAAUCGCAGAGACCUGAUAUUUUCAUUGUCUAUAUUUAUAAGUUUUAUUAGCCUUUUUGAGCUAUUUACAGACAUUUUAUAUUUUAUUUUUUAUUUUAUAGUUAUUAUACGGAUAGAAUUGUUCACGAAAUCCAUUGUAAAUUAUAUUUGGUGUUCAAAAUAAAAAAAAGUCGAACGUUUGAAGUUUUUAUUUUAUAAGUGUUAUUAGUAUUAAGAAUGUUUAUUUACGAAAGUUGAUAUAAAUUAGAAUAUGCAUGUAGAUUUUAGGCACACAUCUUAAAAAUUAAAAUCGUUUUUUUUUUUCACAAAUAUUCUCAAUAAUUCCCUUUUGCAACAGAUAAUUCAGAUUUAAAAUUAUGAUAGAUACAUUAAAUGAAUCUUGUUACACGACGGUAUGUGAAAAUAAUAUAACAUGAAAAACGAAAAAUGUUUAGGGGAGCAGUUCCCCUAAUCCCCCCAUCGCUAGAUUUUCGCCUUACAAACUUUUGGAUUUUUUAAUAUUUGCAGAAUUAUUUUAUCGUUUGUCGUGUUUGUCAAGUUAUUUUUACAUAUUAUUAAUUGUGAAUUUAAUUCGAGCAUAUAUAUUGCAAGUUGGUACACUGCGAAAAUUCCCGGACGUUAUAGCGUCAAGAUUUACACGCCAAUAAAAUAAUAAUGUGGUAAAAGAUUUUUAUUAUUUUUUUUUUAUUUGUAUAAAUAUAGUACGAGCCGAGUGAACCCGAUUUGAGAAUAAAAUAAUAUAAUAUACGAGUAUAUUAUAAUGUAUUAUAUUAUGUAUAUCGGCGUAACAUAAAAUGUUCACGCUCGUGCAGUAAUUGCAAGCCGUAAAACAGAGCCUCUCGUGCGGUAGGUAAGCAGUUUUAUUUAUUAAUUUUUUUUUUUUCUGUUAUACACACGUGCGAGAAUAUAUAAUGGUAUGCGUAUAUUAUUAUAGAGUGUACACGGAAUGAAAUCCACGCAAAUUCCAAAUUCGUAAUGGUGUUCGGACUUAAAAAAAUACUGAACCGUUUGUCAAACAUAAUUAUUAUUAUAAGUAUUAUACAAUUUAUAUGAGCAGUUACCUACUUUGUACUAAACAGUGUGUACAAAACAGCGCACUUAAAAUCGCAGUGGCCAGGGCCGGUACAUAUAGUGGAAGGGGGAGUACCUAACCCUCCCCAUACCGGGCAAUUUUAGACCGCUGAGUCGACGAUCCGACGUUAAUUUAAUUUUAAAGUCCCGACAAAAACGAAACUACAAUAAUUUCUUAGUAUUUAAUAACGUGGUUACAGUCACGUUCUCAGGAAUUUCCAAUGGGAGUGGGUAAUUUCCAGAAAAUUAUGUAAGGGGCUCUCAGCGCACAGUUAUGACAUUUAAUGUUAUUUUUAAUAAUCUAUACAUAUAAAAUCCAAAUACCACCGACCGACCGAUCGCUGUAUCUCAAAAACUCUACGUAACGUACGGACUUGAAAUUUGGAAUAUAGGUUCUUCUCGUAUUUUCACCGUGCAACAAGGAGGGAUUUUCAAAAAUGUCGCGUUUUAGUGGGAGUAAUUAACAAUUUUAAUUAAUCACCGCCAAUACGUAUUGCGCGGCACGGCGGCCCGCGGGUCUCCAGCUACCUGCAACCUGUCCGUUUUGUUCGUCGUCGUCGCGCAGAUAAGAAUAAUGAUUCCGAGAAUAAAAUUGUUCCGAGAAGUUUAUCGAUAAAAAUAAAUUUAUAGACAUUAGGUUAUUAUUGUAUAUUAUCGAUAAUUAUGAAUUUAAGACGGUAAAUGGUAAUACAUGACGUUAUCUAAUUUCUCACGAAUUUGUUUCCGUGAACAAUACAAUAUUAAAUGCACUUUAUAUUUUUAAAAAUGUAUCAAUAACUUUUUAGUGCAACAAAUAUAUUUAUGUUGUAGUUGUAAAUAUAAACUGUAACGGGAUUUAGUCGGGACAAAUCAAUCGACGGUGUUAUCGUUUGCGUAUAUGUAUGCCAAUAAAAUAAUAUUGAUAAAAAUUAAUACAAAUAAAAAUGAUUGUACGGAAUAAUCUCAUUACAUAUUAUGUUUAAUAUGUUAGAUUUCUGUUAUGAUACUCGUUUCUAAGAAUUUAUACAGCUAUAUAUAGACAUAAUUGUUUCAUUUCUUAUUUUUAAAUUAAGUAGUUUCAAUUGGUAUUUGUUCAAUACAAUAUUGUCACUAGGUAUCUGCAGUUAUUUCGAAAAUCAAUUUUUUUUUAUCAUUAUUAAAUAGGCGGCGAAUUGCUCAUUUUAAAUUAGCCAAUGGUAUUAGGUUAUUUUAUACGUAGUGCCGAGACCAUGUACGUUUUGGUAUAGUAUGCCUACCGCUGUGGAACAAAAAAAAUGAUAGUCGGUGAAAAUGAAGAUUUUUGAAAUAACAAUAUUUUAAUACAUGUUAUUUUUUGAAGGCAAUGCGGAUCUAUCUCCCAAUUCCCCCUCCCGUAAAUACACAUAAGUCUUCAAGAAUCGAGAUAAACAUUUUGACAAUUGACCGAUAUGACAAAAUACCGAUAAAGUGCACACCACAAUAUUCUGUCGUAUAUAUUAUCAUAAACGUUCAUUGACUACAAUUUCAAUUUUAAAAAUCCAUUUUUAUCGCGACGGCAGGCAAAAUAAUAGUGCAUGCAACGAAAAAAAAUAAAUAAAACUACCGCAGGUUUCGCGGACAAAUUUUACCCGCCGGGAAAAUGUUCAUUUAGUUUAGUUAUGAUUCUCUUUCAUUUAAAUUUAUGAAAACAAGUUUUUGUUGUCAUUGCCGCUACCGCUCUGAUUUGUGAACACAUUGAUAAUGGUUCCGGCGGAUGUAUAAAAUAAUAUUAUGUGUCCUUUAAUAGUUCUAAUGUAGUAUAUCCUUCUAAUUGACGCCGUAUCUAACCGAUAGUUUCCGAGCCGACGGAGGUUCUCCCGCGACAUGAGAUUAGAUACCUACGUCCUACCGCCGUGUAUAUACCUACGUAUAAAUAAUGGAUAUAAUGUCCUCGGUCAUCACGGCAUACCGGAUCGAGAAGAAAAUUAGUAAUAUGUACAGAGGUAUAGAUAGGUUUAGGUACCUAAGUACCGUAGUAAAGAUAUUGUUUACGUGGACGUGACAAACGAUGAUGGCCGAAGUGACUGGGUCAACAUCAUCGUCGCCGAAACUCCGCGAAAAUCGACGUAAUCCCGUAACCGUUAUUAUUAUACCGUGUAAUUGGCGGACCGCGGUAUACUUGACCGCGCGGUGACCAUCAUGUUAAACAAACAUAAUAAUAAUGCGGUAUACGGUACCUUUUAUGCGACCGUGAAGAGUAUAAACAGACGUAAACGCCGAAGAAACGAAGAAGCGAAUUCGGCGGACACGCGGCCGUAGCAAAAUUUUGAAAAUUAAUUAUCGUGUCGAUUCUUCAUAAUUUCUGUAAUUUCUCCGUGUCUCUUUAGAAAGAACUAGCACUUUUUAUUCAAUAUACCUAUUAUAGUUAUUAAUCGACGCGUUUUUAAUUCGUAUUUAUUUAGAAAAAGACAUUGAUUAUAAUUCGGUAUAUUCAGUGAUGUAGUAUCAAAAAAAAAGUCUCGAGUAUACGCCAAUUAUCAGUGAAGGAAGUGGGUGUGGUCAAUCCUCCCUGCAUUUUUAUUUCAAGUUCAAAAAUUUAAUAUUUUAUUAAUAGUUACAAUCUGAAUAAAAAAUAGCUGAUUCUGGUGACGGAUGUGUCACUAUUGUAGGUGGGAAGUUAGGAAGGUAGGAUUAUAAAUUCUACCGUUUUUUUUCCCAAACCUAACUAGGCCAAUAUUUAUUUUUACUGAUCUAUUUUCAUUUUUAAUUUGACCAAUCACAAUAUUUUCUUAUUAGUAAAAUUGUAGUAAGUAAUGAGUACUUAUGAUAAAAAAAAAAAAUUAUAAUAUUUAGUAAACAUUUUUUUUUGGGGGGGAGGCUAACAUUUUCGUAAAAAAAUCUCGGGCUAACCUCUUUUUCUCUACAAUCCGAUUUUCAACAAUGAAUCGGAUUUGAACAAUUCUUUUCAAACGUUUCUUAUUGAAAUAUUCACUAUAUUCGUUGACCAAUGACCACAUUCAAACUUCCUCACCAAAUUUGACAGAUUUAUAAGUCUUACAAGAAAAAGUAAAAUAAUAUUUUAUUGUUAAUGGAAUAAAAAAAAUACGUCGCCGUUGUUCGGCAAGCAUAUGGGUGUACACAUCAAACAAACGAAAAUUAAUAGCUCGUUUAUUAUAUUCUUCUGUGCGUCACGCGUGCGAUUUAGACCGAAAUCUAAAAUCGUUUUAGGUGUAGUAAUAAUUAAUAUUCGUUUAGUCCGUGUACACACGUAGGGAGAACAAAAAAAUAAAAAAAAUCACUGACGAUGAUUUCAGUUUAACAUUAAUAUACCGUAAAACUAUUUAUUUACGAAUAAUAAACUAUAGGCGGAAUGUGCAUCUAAUAAAGUAAUAAAAUAUAGUGUACCGGUGUCUCAAUAAUAUAGCUGCUACGGAGUCCGGAGGUCACGGACAGACUAAAACGCCUUGAGUAGGGUCCAAAAAGAAAAUGUUUAAACUUUCGUUUAUCACUCGUUAUGAUGACGUCUUCGAUCGGGCCAUAGACUAUUUUUUUUUAUUCGAACAAGCAUAUACUUUAAUCGAAAAUAUUAUGUACCUAAGUGUUUGUGAUGUGAUGUGUUGUUCAAAUACCCUCAAAUGACAAACAUUCGUGCGUGGGCAUGUCUUUUGUGUUUAUUUAUGUCUACUCGUAAUAAUGGUAUGUGAACAGUGAAAGAACAUGUGCCGAAGAAAAAGUGGCUAGAGGUUAUUGGCGGGAUGUAUGAGAGCAUGUGAAGUAGAUGGUGAUAAUAGAUGGUGAUGGUAGUUAAUGGUGAUCGAUAAACCUACAUAGGUAAACGUGCAGAAGGAUAAAAGUAAGAGGAUAAAGAUGAAAAGGAAUAAUACAAAUGCUAUACAUCCUGAACAGCGAUGUAUUUUUAAACCUUUACAAAUAAUUCUACAAAUUCCUAAUGUAAGUUUAGAUUCCGAAGGAACUUAUUUUUGCAUCGUUCUGAAGAUGGUACAGUAGGUAUUCCUGGAUAACUCGUAAAACAAGUGUAGAAUUUAAUAUAGUAAAUAUUAACGACGCCUUGGAUAUAGAGAUAAAGAAAAUAUAAUAUAAUUAUAAAGAUAAUAUUAAGUAAAUACAUAGGUAGCAUUUUUAAAAUAGAACGGAUGUUAUUAUCUUUAUAUAAUCCAGAUAGUUUAGCUCGUUCGGAUCUUUUAGUAAUCGGAAUUUGUAUAGAUACGUUCAAAUAAUGCCACGUGCUGUGCGGUGUGCCACGCGCUAUGAAAAGGAAUAAAAAAUAAUUGGUGAUUAUGCAUAUUUUAUACAUAAAAGAAAAUAGAAUAAAUUUCUUUUAGAAUAAUAUUGUGUAUAUAAUAACUGCAUACUCGACAAUUAAUUAAAUGAUUUAAAAUACAAAAGAACGUUGCGUUAAUUUUUUUUUCCCUGUACUUACAUCGAGCAACAUGUUAUGUACAAACAAUUUGUGAUUUUUAGAUUCUGAGUGGAAUGAAGAAGCUAAUAGUUUUAUAAAUAUGUUUAUUUAUUAAUGUUUUUUUAUCUGUGCGCAACUUUACUACCAGAAGACUUGCUCGGAUUUCUACGUGUAGCACGUUUUCUGAAAGAAGAUCAGCGUAGGGAGGUACUUAAAGAAGGUCAUUUUUCGAUUUUCUCGAGUUUUUUUAUCAAAUACGAAAAACCGAAAAAAAAACAACUGGAAAAUGUACGAAAUAUAAUAAAUAUAAUUUUACGAUUUUUUUUUUCUGUGGACAACUUUUUCACCAGCAAUUUUGCUUCAAAUUUUAAUGAUAGCAAUGUUUCUAAAAGGAAAUUUCACUAAUGAGGUACUUUAAAGAGAUCAUUUUUCGAUUGUUCUAAGAGUUUUUCCAGCAAAUGUGAAAAAUCGGUAUAAAACAUAUACGGUAUUAAAAGUCAUUCAUGGAAUGACCUCCAAACAUUUUCAAAUAGUUCUGGAGUUCGCAUUAUUUUGACCCCCCCAAUUUGACUGGUACAACUGACCCUACAUUAAACCAUAAAUUAAUUUAAAUUGCAAAUAAAUGUAUCGAAGUACACGGAGGUCUUAUUGAACAUUUACUUUAAAUAUUAUUUUUUUAUUAUCUGAUAAUAAUUAAUUAUAAAACAAUUCAAUAAAAACAACUGAAUUUAUGCAUUUUUUUAAUAAAACAACUGAAUUUAUGCAUUUUUUUAAUGUUUUAAUUAAUUAUAAAACAAUUCAAUAAAAACAACUGAAUUUAUGCAUUUUUUUAAUGUUUUUUUAUGCAUUUUUNAAUGAGUCGUAUUUUACGGAUAGGAUCGUUAAAUUGACGCUUAAAUAAAAAAUAAUUUAUUCCAUUGAAAUCCCUGACAAAUUUACAUACAAAUUCAUGUGUCACACAAAAAUUGCGAUUUUGGACAUGAUAAGCCAAAAAUAGCGGUGAUAAUGAUUAGUUUUGAAAAAAAUCGAGUGACUCCUUAUUUCGUAAGAGAAUUUUGCGAUAAAUUCUCUGGAAUGGUUUAUUUUUGUUUUAUAUAAUAAAACGGGAAAAACCAAAGUUUUCAUGGGAAAACAAAAAUUCCAAAAAACCAAUUCUUAUAGCCACAUAUAAAGUCACAAUCCGUAGAGUUGGUCAGUCUUUUCUGAUACACCCUGUAUAAACAACUUUUCGAUAAAAAAAAUCUUGCUCCGAUGUAUCAAGCAUCUUUUUCGAAAGGAAAUUUUAUCUAGUUAGUGCAUUACAAAAGUUAUUUGUUGAUUUUCCUAGGGGUUUUCAAAAUAAUUUGGAAAAAUUGAAACAAAAUCAUAAGUAGGUUAAACGGCAAAUAUUUACGACGCGCCACGGUAUUACCGAUUUUAUUGUUUUAAAUUUUACACUUUAUGUUUUCUAUCAGAAAUAUUGCUCCUAUGGAAAAACAACAAUAGAUCAUUUUUCUUAUAGUUUGAAUCUAGUUGCUGAUUAAUAAAGUCAUUUUAUAAUUUUUCUUGUAGUUUUUUCAACAGUUUAGUAAAAAAGAAAAAAAACGAAGAAAGAACUGGACAAUUUACGAAUAUUUUUAGAAUUUUUAGAAAAUUUCAAUUUUUCUUGUGUAAUUCAGUAAAAAUAUUCGUAGAGACUAGACAUUUUGACAGAAAAUAUAUGGGUGCUUUUUCUAGAAGUGUUAAAAUUUUAAAAACAUUUAAGCAAUUUUAAGCUAUUUAUAGACAUUUUAAUUUUGAGGGUUAAAUAACUAGAGUAAUUACGUAAUUUUUAAUUAGUAGGUACUCUGUGUAUAAAAUGUUUAGACUAAUCAAAAAUGCUUGAAAAUUUAACAGGAAGUUCAUUAUAAGUUGUACUAAGUAGUUAAAAAAAAAAAUUGCGUGUAAUGUAUUACUUUCUUUACAAAACUUAAGAGUUUAACUAUCAAAUUUUGACGAAAAUCGUAAAUAUCACGGUUUCAAAACAUAUUAUCUAACCGAACUUCGCUUCGAAUCGUUUUUUGUUAUCAAUAGUUUAUCGUUGCCUACAGAUUUAAAUUAAAUAACUUUAUGUAUCCUACCUUCUCAACUUUCCCCCUUCAAUAGUAGCCACCCGUCCCCAGUAUCAUCUCUUUAUUUUUUAUUUUUUAUAAACUAGGUUUUAACUUUUUUUUUUUUAAAUAUACAUAUAUAUCUUAUAAUAUAUACAAUAUAUGUUACACUAUGCAUGUAUAGUACAUUAUGUGACCCGCUGAAUCUGUUAUCCUACUUCUACCGAAAAAAUUGUAUUUUACGAUAUUGUCCUAUCCACUAUGAGGAUAGUGAAGAUUAUUAUUUUGCCAACAGGAAAUUUCUCUACGAUCUCGUACGUCGUAUAAAGUUUACAUUUCACGGACUUUUUGCGCUUUGCCGGUCGUAGUGCCGUACAUACCUAUCUAUAAGUAUGUUGCUAGAUUAAAACCCUACUCGAUUAACUUAUAAUUCCAUAGAAGAAACUACAAAAGUAAUGUUAAUUAUAUUACUAUAGUAUUAUGUACAAGAACGGUGAGUAUAAUAAUAGCCAAAUAGUAUUUUCAUCUGACCAUUUUUACGUGGUCAUUUUUUCCAUGGCCAAGAAAACGUAUAAGAACGUACCAAAAAAUGUUUAUAGACAGACACGAUUAACAAAUAUUUUUAUAUUGUUUGCUUUGUAUCUAUUAUUAUUAUUAUUAUUUUUUACUUUGUUCAUUCAUUUCUUACGUUUUGAUCCGCUGUAAUAACGUUCGGUUUAACGAGUAUAAUCGAACUGAAUAAAUGGAUUUUCUGCUCCACUUGUGUCUGCUCAUUUUCAUAAUUUAUUUAGUAUUGGAUGCGAAUAUAAUACGCGCGCGAAGAUUUUUAAUAAUUGAUUAUAAUCGAAUGGCAUAAUACGUCGUAUAUUUUUAUUAUUAUAAUAUAUUUUUCAAACGACUUUAUAGUAUACUGUAUUUAUUACUCCAAUUUUUUGUUUUACUAUUCAAAAAUACCUAAUAAAAAAACAUGAUAUUUUGUUAAGUCGGAUCAUUAUUAAAUCUGCUUCAAUGAUACGUUGAGCGGGAUAUCAAAGCUGCAGAAUGCAGCAGGUAACAAAGAAGUCAGUCGAUUAUAACUGCGAGAAGUUUCUCAAAAAGUAUUUCACAUAAAUUAAUAACACACUAAUACACAAAAUAAUAUUAGUAUGACAAGAAAAAAACCCUAACCGAGUCGGGGUUGCCAUGUAGACUUUCUUGAUUUUUAUUUUUGAAAAAUUACUUAAAAUACAUCUUUUAUAUAAUCUAUACGAUCCUUACAUUUAUUAAUAAAUAUAAUAUAAUAUAUAAUAGACCGUUUAAAUGUGAUACAUUUACGAAUAUCUAGUGGUAGUGGUUUAACAAUAUAAGCAAAAAAAUGAAGUGUAAAUAAUAUAUUUUGUAAUAGAUAUGCGCGCGACGUUUCGUGAAGGGUGUACUUUUAGGUACACGGGUACGUUAUACUCGCCGGGAAUACAAAUUGUGACCAGAAGGAGCGUGUUCGAAUUAUAAUCAAUUUUAUAUUAAAUGCCAUCUAUACGAGUACCUUACGCGACGAUGAUUAUUUUAUUAUUAUUAUUGUUGGUCACCUACAUUUUUAUAAUACGUGUAUUGGCAGGUACCUAGUGUCGGGAGUUUUGAAGUGGAGAAAAAAAAAAACAUUAAUGCGGCACAUGUUCGGCCCGAUAACGGAAUAAUAUAUAAGUACGUGUUAUUUCCAUUUUGUCGGACGUUCAGAUACCUACCUUUAUAAUAAUAAUAAUAAUAAUAUAGGUAAAUGGCAAUGCUAUAUUACCGACGACCGAUUAUUUACAUAGUUUUCUUAGCAUUGUUAUAUUAUAUUCCGGUGCGCGUUACGCGUACGCACUGUGUAUACGCACUCCGCCGUCAUUAUUGCUGCUAUUAUUAUUAUUAUUAUUAUUAUUAUGCGCUAUAAUGCAUACUUCUAUACGGAAACCCGUCCGGAACGACGAAAUUAUUUUAUCAAUAUAAUAUUAUUAUACACUACGAAUGUACUGCUGGCACUUGAAAAACGUCCGCCCGCGUGGACAUCGUUUGUGUCUCCCUUCGGUAUUAUAAUAUUGUAUUUUAUUAUGUUCAUUGAUUGGCUACAGUCCGGCCGGUAUACGCGGACACAGUUUCCUGUCUUGCCCGGUGUACGAAUUGACGUCAGUUACAACCGAAUUAUUUGUAUUAUUAGACAGCAGAGUAUUUACGCGGGGGGCUGAAAGGGGGGGGGGACUGUUCCCCAAACCUUUUCUUCAAAAUUACAUUUUUUUUUUUUUUCAUCCGCUAUUCGCAUGAAUAAUAAUAUUGUAAUUUGUUUAUUUGUUGACAUUAGUUGUAAAAUAGAUUUUUUUUUGUUGAUGACACGAAUUGAAUGACACGAACAAAUCGAUAACCGUUAAGUUUUAUUUAAAACCGAAUUCUCACCUUUUAAAAACUAGUGAGGUGUCGCUAGAAAAUGUUUUAUAUAUUUUAGUACAUAUCGAAGGUUGUCCCCGCACAACCCUAAAAUCUUGGCUAUAUGGAAGAUGCUACAAUACUAUAUCGUUUACGACGGUAUAUAAUAUAGAGAUUGAUUUUUUUUUCAAUUUAUUUUUAGUAGGUACCUACUUGAUAUGCGUUAUUGCGACGCGCGUUUAAAAAAUAUAAUUUAAUAAAUUAUAAUCGAUAAAAAAGAAAUCUAGAUACCAAAACGUGUGUUCAAUAUGUUAAUAUUAUAAUAUUUAAAACUCAGAACGAACGAAUUCUAAUGAACUAUCCGUUUAUCCGUUCAAAGUUCAAAAUAUAUGAACAAAGCAUAUGAAUUUUAAUUGAAUCUACUUUUUUUUUUAAUUAAGUUAGUGUUUUCAAGAAACUAUUGAACUUUAAUCGGGUCAUUAAUUUUAAUUCACGUUCCAUUGAACGCUUUGAGAAUUUAGGAAACUAAUUUAAUCAAUUUUGAUAGAAAUACAGAGAUGGAAAAAUUAUACUGUGUUGUAGUUCUAUUCUUAAGAUUAUUUAUAAAUAUAGCUAUAUAUUUUAUACCUAAAAUUGUUAUUAAUAAUAUCACCGAGAUUAAGGAAAGUUGGUCAUAAUCAAUAGUAAAAAGACUAAAGAGUAAUGAACUCGGUUAUUAAACUGUAUGCAUAUGACUAUGCUUCAAAAUUAUUUAAAUAAACGUUCCGUGGUUGAUAAUACAAUACAUAUAGUACAAUAUUAUUGUUAAUACAGAUUACAAAAUACCUAACGGCUAUCGUUCCGAAAGAAACUGUCCUAUAAAUAACUUUUGAGGAACGUCUAAAAUAAUAAGAAAAAAUAGGAAUACCUAUGUAAAAUAGUUCUUGGAACGGGACUUUUAUUAUUAUUAUUAUUUUUUUUUUUUUAAUACUAAAACGAAUGAAAUAUACUGAUAUUUCUUUUAGAUUCAGAGUAAAACGAUAAAGCUACAUUAGUUUUACUAAAAUCAGUUUUUUUUUUCCUAGUUUUUAAAUUCUGAGUGAAGCGAAUAAUAUAUUGGUUUUACUAUAUUACUAGCUUUAUUUUUAAACCAUUUUUAAUAUUUUACCCCUAUUCCACAUAUACCUUAAAUAGUUAUUUACUUUUUUUUACAUACAGGAACCCCCUCCCUUUUUUAAACACAGAUUUGAAUAGAGAGUAUUUUUUAUAGACAUUUUGAUAUGCAUAAUACUAAUAUCAACUUUAGAGUUUAUGAGUUAUACCCAUUUAAAGUUUAGAUCGAAGAAGUUGGGAAAAGUUAUUAAUUUAUCAUUUUAAAAUAGAUACGCAAUUAAUUACCCUUUUCUGGAAAAAUAUUCUCUAUUCGAGUAUCUGUUCAAAAAAGGAGGUUCCCAAUUGAAAAACAAAUGUAUAUACUUAUUUAAGCUACAUGGAGUAGGGGUGAAAAUUUAAAAAAUAGUCUUAAAGUAAAGUUUAAUCGAUUCCACAGUGAUUAAAAAAUACAGAAAUUAAAUUCGCUUAAAAUCCUUCAAGAGAAUUGAUUGUUCAUAUUAAAAAAAAAAAUCACCCUAUGAUUGAUUAUUAUUAUUAUUUUUUUUUAAAUAUAUAAAUAUAAUAUGCUGUAAAUAGUUAUCAAUCGUUUACAUUGCGUCAUGAACGUUAAUAUUUUUCUUUGUUUUUUUUACGUGUGACCAUUGAAUAGGCGAAAAGUUCCUUUUUAAAACCGGGAACGGUAUAAUAUUUUUUAAGUACAUACAGAUUAUAGUUACUUAAUAAUAUCAAAAGAACGAUAAACGGUCGUGGUUUUGUUGGUCUGUACAAUUUAAGUAUAAAAGAUUCUUUGUUUUUCUUAUAGACACCAAUCCGACUAUGGAACUGAAUAUAUAUAUUAUAAUUAAGUGUUCAAAGUGCAUAUUAAUUCGUUUAAAUAACCAUAGACGCGCGACUACGUUUUACUGUAUACUCGAGUCAACAUAGUUUACUAUUGGUAUUAUAAAUACUUAUAUAAUUAAUUAUUAUUCUUGAUCCUCCUCUUUGGUAUCUAUAUAUCUGUACAAAAACGGUUCCUCUUCGCCACCGUGCAGCUCAUCUAGAUUUCACGCUCUAUCACGUGGGUUUUUUUUUUUUUUAUAAUGGAUGAAGCUGUAAUGUGCAUAGUGUGUUCACGGUGCAUUUUAAUACGGGAAUCGUGACAUCGCGUGUUCGCAGGUUAUUAUUAAGUAUAGUCGUCCGGGCGCGGUGGAGCACGUGCUCUCACGCGCUGGGUCAAGGGUUGACAGAUAUACCAUAUAGGUAUACAACAAGUACAUACUUGUUGCGUGGGCAUAAUAAUAUACCUACCAUACCUAAGUAACCUAUACCUAUAAUGCCUAUUGUAUUUAUAUAGUUUAUUAUAAUAUAUUGGGCACGCUAGGAAGAAGAGCGAAACGAUACAACGAUUAACGAAUGAGAACGAGACCGGAUAUUAUCUGCGAUGGAUUAUCUGCGCAGAGUAGAGCGUUAUUUGAAUACAAUUUUAUUUAAAUAUAUAUAUAUAUGUAUACAAUUUUUUAUAAAUAAUGGCAAUCAACUAAGAACGAGGAAGCUAUUUCAUAAUUUACGCAACAUGUGGGAGAAAUGGGAUGGCACUCAUUGCCACCUUUUUGAUUCAAAUAUUAUUAUUGAAAUAAAUCAAACUUAAUUUUCUUUUCUGAAGCACUGGACGCGUGUGAAUUUUGUUCGUGUCCGACAAUUAGUGUUAAAAUACAAUAAUUAUUAUAAAAACACAAUAAUUAUUGUAGUAGUAAUAAUAUAUUUUUCCAUAAUUUAUGCAGAUGUAGCCAUGUAGGAUAUUAUAAGAAUAAUGAUAAUUUAUAGAAUAAUAGCUAUCAAACUAUAUAAUAAUUAUAUAAUUGUAAUAUAUAUUACUCAACUAUUUUUCAAUUUUCUUGUAGAUAAUAUUAGUAUACAGACAAUUUUAAUAAUUUGGGAUCAUGUAAUAAAUUACAAUUAUCUAAUUGUUCGUGUUUUCAACGAAUUCUAACAUAAAUUUGAACUUGGAACGCUGAUAAAAAUAAAUGACAGCAUUAUUACCUGCAUAAAACAAUCUUAUAUUAUUUUUUUGUACUGUGUCAACAUAAAUUUACCCCUUGACUAAACAAACUGCCGCUACGGACAACAAGGUACGCUUGCCCCCCCAGAUGUGGAUCUGUGUAUAACUAUGUUUUAAGCAACAUAAAAAGUACAGCGAAUGUUUUGUUUAUUAUAUAUUAUUAUGUUAAUAAAAAACGUAUACAUCGCCCGACUCUGCCGGAUAUACCUGCACACACACAGUAAGUAUAACAGAGGAUAACUGCAACUGUAGCUGCAUGCACGUGGGUUAUAACAUCACGAGAUGAAAAACUCGUAAGAAAAAUAUUUUUCAGUUAAUAUAAACACCCAUAUAACGUAUACAAUAAUAACAUUUCCGGAGUUAGGUAUAUCUCAGUACUCACGUAAUAGUAUAACAAGUAUAGGUACACUUGCGUGUUUGCCGACUUUCUAAAAUCUAGGUAUUAUUUCAGGUACCUGUACUUGCGGCAGCCGAGAAUAUCAGUGACAUUAUAGCCAUUGGUUUAGUUUAGAUUUUUUUUUUUUAUGUUUAAUAGAAUGAUUAUAUUAGAUAUGUAGAGGUUUUCUCGUUUUUCUUUCGAACCAGAUUGUUCAUUAGAAAUAAAAUCAAUUGUCAUUAUUUAGAGCAUUUCCCACUGUGCAAUAUUAUGUUAUAGAAACAUUUCAGGGAAGUUUCAUAUCAACAUGCAAUAUUACAUUUAUUGUUGCUUUUGCGUUUAAGUAACGUAAUCGGUACCACUAAUGUUCAAAUUUGCUAACGUUAUACUCGUAUUUAUGUUUUAUUAACGCAAAUGUAACGUGUUUUCUAACAUCUCAAUAACAUCGUAACAACUGCUAUUUGAUGUUAUAAAUAACUUCCUAAUAAUACGUACCUAACCAAUACUAGAUGUUAAGUAGAAGUCAUUUUCAACAUAAAUGAUAAAAAAUAAUAAAAAAAAUUCGAGAGAUAAAAAUGCAAAAAAUGGAAUUAUUUCAGAUCUUGCCGCCAGGUAUCGAAUCUUCGAUCUUUCGAUCUACCUAUCUAAAUGCCUAACGUCUUAACCACAAGAUUACCUAAACAUUAAAAAUCUCAAUCGUUUUAUGGGUAUAUGAGUUUUCAAUUAAAUUUUAAAAUAUUAUACAUAAUUAUAAAUUAUAUAUUAUAUAUUAUGGUAUUACUAUAUAUAAUACCAUAAAAUUGCUAAUUUGUUUUGUAACCGGGGACUUCAAACUUCAAAUAAAAAUUAUUCUGAAUAGUGGACAAUCAUUUCCUACCAAUGGCUAUUUAGGUAUUUUAAUUUUUUUAAUACUUAUUUAAUCAAAGCGAGUUGUAUUAAUAAUACCUAUACAUAUUAUCUAAACAAAAUAAUUUUAUAAUUUAUAAAAUAUACAACUAACAAAUUUAAGUUUUUGAAAUACAAUAGAUACUUAGGGAGCUACCUAAAAAUAAUUAACAAUACGUCAACACCUAUCCUAAAAUACACAAUACUUAUAUAUACCUAUUAUAUUAAGUGUAGGUAGGUCAGUAAGUAGUGAAAUUAACAUUGAAUCGUUACCUAUUACUUAUUACUUUCAAUUAUUUUAUUUAAUAACUUAUUAUUAUAAUGUACAUACUAUUAAUAUUUUACUAGUAUACAGUAUUUUACAGUAUUAUCUACAGCUAUGGUAUUUAAUAUAUUAUCUUACCCUAUGAUUACGCACAAAAAUUGCUCGAUAUCAUUAUCACAGGGUAUUUUUUGGUAAAGCUGUUUAAAAUACCCAAAAUAUAUAAUUAAUAAAUAAUAAAAAUCACGGGUAUAUUAAACUAUAUUAUUUUAUUACCUAUGAGCUAUAGCCGUGAUUAAAACAUCACAGUUAAAAAAUCCACUCAUCGCGAUCCACCCAUCACCUCCCUCCCCCUCAAAUUCGCCACUGUUUUAUACUUUAACAAGAAUAUCCAGCAAGUAACAAUGACAAAAUAAAAAAAAAAAUAUUCAACGUACGGACGGAUAGGACACAAACAAUAAUUUACAAUAAUAAUUUAUUGCGAAUACGUCUAUGCGCGUCUGUUGCAGUUUAAAAUGCAAUAUUAUGUUAAAAAUGUUAUUUGUGGUGACUGAUAAGUGGGUUAGCGAACCGCAAUUAUUUUAGCGGCAGGUGUGAGAUUUACAUAAAAUAUAAAAACCACUAUAUUUGUCUAUUUAUAAAUAAUAAUUGAAUUCAUUUGUUAUUUUAUUAUCAUUAAAAAUAUAAUUCGUUUUCCAUCACAUCACUACGCUGUUGUUGUAAUGUUACAGAAACAUGUCUCAAAGAUGUUGAUACAUUAUUAUACGUCAACAUUUCUGAGAUGUUCAUAUAUAAACUUCAAAUAGUGGUAAAUUAAACUGUUAAACACGAUGUUUUGGUAACGCUGCGGUACGGUGUUAACGUUGAAACUUAAAUCAUACAUGUUUGUAGCCCAAAAUGCCCAGUGGGUUUAUAAAUCUAAUUUCAACCAAAAUUCCACAGUUUAUGCUCUGAGUAAUUUUGAUUUAUUGCCCGUUGGUUAGACUGAGUUAAUUCAAGUAUAGCGUCCUAAAAGAUUUUUAUAAAUUUCUUGUUGGCGAUAGUGCAGUAUCGCCAGUAUUGUUUAUUUAACUAUAUACGUGUACCUAUUUAUUAUAUAUACCUAUGAACACGAAUGUAUCAAUACAAUAACUAGACUAGGUACAUUAUGUUUCAUAUUUAACGGUGCAUUACUGUCAUGUCUAGCAGCUAGACUAGGUACCUAAUCAAUAAUCACUCUGUCAAAGUAAUAGUAGUUUCCCGAAGAACGAAAAUUCCAUUUGAAACGCCGUGCUAUCAAAAUGUCAUCAUCGUGCCGAAUCUUUAAAAAAUAAUAAACAUGUUCGGGCGACAUAGUUUCGAUGGUAUUUUUUUUUUUUUUACUUAUAUCCUACAGCAGACAAUGAACUCUCUAUAUGACACAAAAAAAUAAAUACCAAAAUACAGUGGAAAUAUUAGCCAUCACGUUAAAAAAAUAAAAAAAAUACCGAUAUUAAAAAUCACCGCACGUCAGCUGACGAUCGGUUUUGUAUCAGUAGCCGUGUACAGUUUUGUUAAUGAAUAUAAAAAGGUUGGGUUCUACUUCUAACCUCACCCGUAACUUUAGGCCUAAGAAUUGCAUUAGACGUACCCACAGUACGCUGUAUUGCAGUAGUCGUUAUUAUGCACGUAGGAGCCUACAAACGGUAUAUUUCGUCGUGCAACAUUUUUAAACGUUUUGUUUUACAUAUUUUAUUAUUAUUUCGGUAUCGGUAUUUUUCCAUUUAAGUAUGCCAGUUAACAAUUUUCGGUCUAUAAUAAUAUUAUAAUAUUGCAUAAUGCGUUUUUGUACGCGUUUCAUAUUGUCCUCAUUAAACCGCGGUCUAAUCGAUCGGUAUAUAUAAUAAACAAAGAAGAAAAAACGCAUAAAUCAUUGACACGUACAAAUUCGUUUUCGAGUAAAACAAAUCAAAAUAUAUUAUAAUAUGGUGUGUUAACAGUAAACUAUUAUUUUCCAGGUUAUGGGACAACAAAGACACUGUACAAUUAUACGCUGUAUACUUAAUUUAUAGACUUUUUCGUCACGUGUGCUUUAAAUUCGAAUAGCUGUUAAAUUACAGUGUUCACAGAAAUUUGCUCGUUUCGUGUUAAAAAAAAAAAAAACAAUUCACGAUGCGCUGUAAUGUCCGCCAGAACAGUAUAACUGAACACUGAGUGUUACUUAUUCAAAAUUAUAUAUUAUUCAUACCUAUUAUAGUGUAAAAAAUAUUUAUUCAUUUUUAUUUCAUUCACAUUAUAAUAAUAUAAGAGUUUCAUUUACCCUGGCCAAUACCGAUAAUGACGAUAAACCAAAAUUGUAGCUAAAAAAAAGGGUAUCCACGAAACAACGUUCUUUUUUAAAAUGCAAUAACUUUUUUAUUUUUUAUCAGAAUUAUCAAAAAUUUAUCAAAAAUCAUAUAUGGUUGUAUUCAGGAGGUCCUGAAGUUAACAUAUGAAACACAAGCAGCCCCCCCCCCCUAUGCUAGCCCUACAGACAGUUGAUCUGUUCAUAAAAUGUACGAUGAUGCGCUCACACAUUUCGUGGUCCAGUUCUCCAACCACUCUUUGGAUUUCUUAUUUGAGUUGGGUGAGAUCAUGGGGAUUAUUCUCGUACACUUUUAACUUAAGUGAUCCCAUGAAAAAAAUUCACAGGGGGUUAGGUCAUAAGACUUUGGUGGCCAACUUUGGUCCCAACUCAAUGAGGUAAGUCUGUCCGGAAACCAAAACGUACGUUUCAAUAGGCAAUCUUUCUAUGGUUACGGACGCCUUCAAUAUAUUCCAAAACAAAAAUGAACGAUACCAUACGAAACUUCAGGUUUUUGAAAUAAGAAAACUUUCGGGUACAGUGGUACUGAUCCGAAAAAAAAAUUGCGCACUUUUUUUAAAAAAAAACGUUCUUUCGUGGACACCCUAUAUAAUCCUAAUAGCAAUGGGAUUUCUGUUGGACCUGUCUUAUGUAGGAUUUCUUUUGAGAACUCAUUAACGACAAUCCAAGUAGUCCUGUUAAAACUUCCUAAAUAUUUUAAUUAUCACUACUAUCCAAUUAUUAUCAUAUUCUAUUGUUGAACAGUGAUAAGAUAGCCUAAGAUUACCUACUAUAGAAUACUUAAACAAGUAUGCAUUUAAAGACUACAACUAGGAAGACUCUUCGUGGAUUACUUAUUCUCUCAUACUUCUACAAGAGCCCUUUGGGUUUUCUAUUUCUAUAAAGGAAAUAAAAUGUAUACCAUUAUAAUACCUCACAUAUUUCACGAUCAUAUUAUUUUAUACGAACUCGAGGGACAUAUGCUUACCUAUUGUAUAUAAUAUUUCAAAUAAAAAAUAUAUACCUUCUUUAGAUUUUACAAUCCACUUAAGCUGCAAAGGCAUAGUCAGGUUCUUGGUGUCCAGGUGGUAUUUAUUUAAACAUUUUUUUAGCACCUCUUUUCCACGAUAAAUAAGGAUCAACUUUUGAAAACUCUGUUUUAUUUUUAUUUAUUUUAUGUAUGUAACAUAAAUUUGACUGUAUAACAGAGUAAAUAAUAACUUUUUAAUUUUUUAAAAUAAUUUAAUUAACUGCAUAUUUUAAUUGUGUUAUUUAUACACAAAUUUAUUUACUUACUCAGUAUUUACUCAUACAUUAAUUAUAAUAUUGUACAUUCAUAUUAUCUACCUAAGGCUGUAAUUUAAUUUGUAAUAAUUUAUAAUACAAUUGAAUACUUUUCAGUUUUCACUAUUUGGUUCGAGUCUGAUAAUGAGAUUCUUUUAAUCUACACCGGUUAUAUUAACCCUUUAUAAUACUUCAACUCCAGAGAUUGUUUUGUUCGCUUUCUAUAUAUUAUAAUAUAUGUAUAGAAAAUGUAUACUUAUAUCCUAUAUCUAUUUCAUAUAAAUAUUAGAUUCGGAGAGUAGUGAGGGAUCUAUUGGUUUUAGUGCGAUGUUUUUUUUUUUGUAUUUUUUGUAUCUAUGAGCACCAUUUUGACCAGACAUUUUGCUCUUCUGUAUAAAGUUUAGCCCCUUUUCCGAAGGAAAUUUUACCUAGUUAAUGCGUUGAGGAUAUUAUAUUUUUAUUUUCCGAGGGGUUUCUAUAAUAAUUUGAAAAAAACUGGGAAAAAAAAGGCAAAUAUUUACGGCAUACCACAACGUUACCGAUUUAAUUGUUUUAAUUUUUGCGAACUAUAUUUUCUACAUCUUCCUACGUUUUUCCCAGUUUUUCCUAAUUAUUAUGAAAAAUGCUCGGAAAAUUAAAACUUGACAUCCCUAAAAUACCAACUAGGUAAAAUUUUCUUUCAGAAAAUAUGGUAUACUUAAUACACCGGUGCAAGAUUUCUAGUAUAAAUGUUGUAUACACAAUAUAAAAUCAUUGAUUUUUUGAAUUGAGAAUACAUAUCAUUGUAAAACCAAUACAUUCCUCUAUUCGUUUAAAACCUAAAAGUAGAAGAAACUUAAAUAAAAUAAAUUGACAAAAACACAUCAAAGCAUAUAAUAAAACACAUCGUUUUCUCCACUGAUUUUUAAUAAGAAUUAAACUUGAAAACAUCAAAGAACCCGAAAAAUCCAAUUUCAAAAUGCGCUGUGAAAUGCAAGACAAACGAUUUUAUUGAUUUUUUUACUAAUCAAAAGGUUUGUACUAACAAGUAACAGCGUUAAUAUUUAUGAACAUAAUAUUUGAUAUCUUUGAUCUAAUUACAAAACAACUUGAUUUAAUAUCUGAGGGUUUAUUUGAAGAACAUUUCCAGGGUAGGUCUGAAAUACUAAGAGCUUUUGGAGUAUUUUGUUUUUAGGGGCCUUAAAAAUGAAAAAUAAUAAUGUCAUUAAAAUCAAUGCAAUACUGGGUCAGAGUUUUAUUCGUCGAUUAUAUUUAUAAAAAUAACAAUGGAUUUCGCGGAGAUAUACUCGUAUGUUGCUCUUUUCAGCGACAUUUCAGUUUUCAGUAAUUGGUGUAUACAUUUACUCGUUCACACAAUUAUUCUAAUAAAUUAAUAAUUUUUUAUUUGACUGUAGUCUGGUAUAGUCAAAUAAAAUCUUAACAAUACUACGCAUUUUUAUCUCUGUACAAAGAACAGUCAGUAGAUAAAUUAAGAUAUUUUAGAAAUCUUGGGCCUUGACUGCAAACAAAUUUAAAUGAUUCUUCAUCAUUAUCAAAAAAAUGCAUUUGAGGUAUUUUGUACAAACGUUAAUAAGCAUAUACAUUUGAAGGUUAUAGAAAUGAGUAUAAUAACAUUUCAGUUUCUAAAUUAGAUUUUGUAAUUCUAUAUCAUCCCAUGCAUUCUAAUUUAAAUUGCUUCCAUAAAAAUAUUAACGAAGCAGCGGAAGAUGAUAGUGUCCAAUAAAAAGAAAUACGCGAUGAAGAAGACCAGAGUAAUUUUCUGGAAAAAAACAAAAAAGUGAAAUCUUUAGAAGUAUACUCAAUAUAUUUCAAGUUUACCAGUAUACUUUUGGGCUAAAAGGCAUAAUUCCAACAUUCUAUACUUAGUUUUAAAAAUAUAUCUUGUACUCGUAUAUUGUCUGUGUCCAUCAGUACUAUUCAAAAAAGGAUAUUUUCGAAAUUGAGAAUCUUAAAACUAUAUCUCAAGACCGUUUGGAAGAUUUAAUGAUAAUAACAUAUUAAUGUAAAUUAGAUGUUCAAUCCAUUCCCCCUCUAUCUAUCUAGGCCUAUGAGCAUAUUUUUUCAUGAACCCUGUAAAGUCAUUUAAGAGCUGUGCAUUUUUUAUACCCUUUGAUAUUUUGUCUGUAGUGUUAGAAAAAAAACAUUUAUGGACACAUAUUAUUGAAACCAAACAAAUUAACUAUUUUUGAUUUGAAUUUUAAAACAUUCUUUUUUCUAGCUUUUUGUGAGCCAAAGUCGUUUAUAUCAUCUAAAUCAAUGGCUUUUAUUAGUAGUUUAUUUUCAAUUGUGUAUAAAGUUAAAGUGUUGAAUCCGGAAUCCCUUAUUUUAAAUUGCGAACCUGCAGUAAAAGCUAUUUACGUUCAGGUCUUGAGCGCCCCGGUCCGUACAACUGUACCGCAAGAAAUCUGCGCCACGGCCGUAUACCUAUAAUAUAAAAACUAAGUUAUUAUUAUGUCCGUGACAUUUUAUCAUCGUGGUGGUCCACGAGGCGAAAACGUGCGAUGGCGGUGGAUUGCUGACCUAAGACAAACGCGAUUUGAAUUAAUGGGGCAAUAUGUCUUCGCGGACAUAAUAUACUCGAAAUAGCGUUCACGUCCGUUCUAUAAUAGUAAACGGUAUACGCGGGCCUUAAUGGCCUACACCAACUAUAUAAUAUAUAUAUACUAGAUAAACACAAAUAUAGAUAUAUUAAAAAAAAAACGCGAACAAAGAAGCAAAAAAAUAAAAAAACCAUCAUUGUACGGUGCAUUAUUCAAAUAAGAUCCGAUUCAGUUAAAUUGUUUAAAAAAAUAAAAACCAACGUGACAGAUGUUGUCGCGUUAAAAGUGGGUCACGAUGGACACAUAGUAUAGUUCUAAGGUGUGUAUAUAUAUAUAUACACAGUUUUCGAGACGGCGGAUACUGUGGACGGAAAAUCGUGAUUGUAUCAUUACCGCGGCAAUCGUCAAUGAAUUCGUAUAAUAAUUUCUUUCACGAUGUAAACAUUAUAAUAUGGUCGCGCGGCACCUAUUUAUAAUAAAAAAAAAAUCUAUAUGUAUAUACGCCUGUAUUGUAAUAUAGCGGGUAUAGGUACACAAUUUUUUCGGUACAUAUGGAGACGUCAAACCGAAUAGCAGUUUAUGUACUUAUAUACAUUUAUAUUAUAUAGUCCUGCUUGUGCUACUGAUGCGCUAUUAUAGCUGCGAGCCAGCGGAAACAGUGAGCAUUCGUAUAUUUAGAAAGAAGAAAAAAAAACUAUACAUUAGCUUUCGUGAUAUGUGCCGCCCGUUAUGGCCGACGACGACGACAACGACUGCGAAAUCCCCUGCAGCGGACGAUGCCUCGCCGUUUACAAUAUGCAAAUAAACUCUCGUGCCGCGAUAAUAAUAAUAAUAAUAAUAUGAAAAUACUUUAAAUAUAGGUAUUAUAUGUACGUCCGCGACUUGUCCGAAACCAUAUAAAUUAACUGCACGAUAAUUCAUCGAAAUAGAUUCAAUAAUUAUAUUGCUCGUAAACGCCAACUGAUCAAACGAUGAAAAAAGAUUAUUAACAUAAAAUAUUUAUAAUUUAUUAUAAAUUACUCGAAAACUAUCAAACGACGGGGAUUUUUAAAUCCAUCCGGUAAUAUAUACCUGAUCGGUUACAUUAGCUCUAAUAAACGAUUGUAGCGCGUGUUGUUGCGUUCAAGUCUCUGCUGUACGUAAAAUUGUAAAAUACCAAAAUACGUUGGUAUUUAAAGGAUUUGUAUGCAUACACGAAGAGGUUUACGAAAAAAAGGUAUCGGAAAGGCCAAAUUAACGUUGACGUUAACAAAAACAUCGUUAAGUUUACCACAUAUAAUAAUCCUGUUCCCAACGCAGUUGAAGUCAAAGCCAAAAGACCAUUUCAAGUAUAAAACAGAAUGCUACUCAUACAAUGCUUAUUAGAAUUGGGUUGUCUUUCCAGUCAAAUAUUUUCUGAUCUAUUGUUUUCAAUAAUUUGUCAUUUACGAUCAAAUUGUAGAGCGAUUAAUAGUUUUCUAUCAAUUUACGAGAUACCUUUGCAAAUGUAGCCUGGAAAUUAAAUACUAGUUUUACUAAAAAAAAGUGUGUUUUUCCGAACGGAAAACAUCGUUUUUCAGGAAAAUAUGGGAAUCUUUUUUUGACGGUGGCAUUUAAUUCGAAACGAUUUUCUUAUUGAUUCAAACUAACACAGCUUUAUCGAAAAUUAAAAAAAAAAAUCAUAUCUAUUCGCAACGAUAAGUCAUUGUCAACGAAAAACGAUUCUUUAUUUAUUCUUUAUUAUUAGUUAUAAUAAAUGUGUUUUGAAAUUCCGUAGUUUUUUUAAAUUUCAAUACAUUUAAAUACACUUUAUUGAUUUUUUUUUUUACCAUUAUUAUGUUAAACUUAUGAUGACCACGUGGUAAAUUUUCAAAUAUAUUUUAACCGGACCAUAACCAUUUUAUUCACAAAAAAUCUGAAAAAAAACUUGAACAUUUCAAAUGACUAUAUAUUAAAUACCUAAAAAAUCACCAGCAAGAUGUUUUACAAUUUUUAACACGCCCAGAAAAUGCUAAUAAAAAUGUUCUGUAAAAAUUUAAGGUUUCCACGAUUAUUUUUAACUAAUAGUAGAUACAGCAAAAAAACAAAAUCGAAAUUAGCAAAAACUGUAAUUGUCUAAACUGUCUCAUUUUUGUUGGUUUUCACGAUUAUUAAGAAAACUAUAAUGUAAUAAGGAAAAUUCAAAAAUGAUUUCCUCAGUGUACCAACUAGAAAAAAUUUGAUUUCAGAAAAGUUGGUAAACUCGAUGAUCGGAAUAAGAUUUUUAGAAGAAAAGUUGUUCACGAAUAGAAAAAAAAAACACAUCGUAGUAAAACCAUAGCGUAUUAAAUCAUUUGUAUGUACAUCGCAACUCGCAACGUAUGGAUGUGAAGCAUUGGUAGUAAAUAAUACCGAAAAGAAAAAUCUAGAAGCCUUUGUGGUGUUGGAGGCGUAUGGAAAGGAUAAGUUGGAUAAAGCGCAAAAUAAACGAAGAGGUAUUUAAAACUGUGGGAAGGAACCGUAAACUCAUGUACACGAUUAGGACAAGCCGUUGGAAAAUGUUUGAAAAUGCCCUGAGACACCCAGAAGAGUUGUAUAAUAUAAUAUUAGAGGGUAUGAUUGAAGGAUAGAAAACCGCAGGACGUCCUCGAAACUCUUGUAUUGAACAAAUUAAAUGCGAUUUAAUCGUUAUAACCUUUAUGGGACUUAAAGAAAAGGCGAGUAAUUGAUCGGAACGGAGAAUUAUUACAGUUGUAAACCAACCUUCGAGUUGAAAAAAAAAGAAAAAAAGUGAAACCAAUAUACAUUUUCGCUGCGCUCGGAAUCUAAACACCUGCAGACAACAAACGCCGAACACCGGUUACGGACGAUAUCUAUAGAGCGCGCAGAUCUGCAAUGUCGGAACUAUUUUGGCAUGCAAGAAGCCUAAAUUUCAAUAUUUCUAAACGGAGUAUAUUACCGGUGAAUUUCGGUUUUUUUUUAUUUCUUGGCCGUUUUGUUUGAUCGACGCGUCUGAUACGUUUUACACGUUAACCGUAUGAUGCAUACCUACUUAUACUAUUUAUAUAAUAUACGUGCAUAGAGUGUAUAACAGUUUUCAAAUUAUGAAUGGAAAAUUAUUCCGGACGAAAUAUAAUUCGUGUGAAUUACAACCAAUACGACCGGUAUCGACAAUAAUGUAAUAUUUUAACGGCCGUAUGCUUGCAGCUAGGUAUACGAUUCGAGGCUCGACUCGGCGCGGUGGCGGCACUGCGUUUAAGACAAUCAUUGCAAUUAAAUAUACUUAGGUCGUCUUAUAUACCCGUCUCGAUACCAGUAAUAUUUCGUGAACUUAAAAAAAAAAAAAAUAUAUCGAAAAUAGUGGUGCGCGUUUCGUCGAACCGUGCAUAAUGCGAUUGUGUGCCAUAUUCCUAAAUCGUUAAUUAUGCAGGGUCGGUUAGGUAUACUCGGACGCGGCGAAAUUAACGCGAAAACGAGCAUAUUGUCGUUUCGACGAGCGCAGUUGGUCAUUGAAAUAAUAAUAGCAAUAAUAAUAAUGCGAAGUCGAUGAGAAAUUCCCAUUAUUCUGCAAAAGGGAAAUUCAAUGUGACCGUUUUCCACAACUCGCUUAGUCAUCAUUAUACUCAUUAUCAGUUGUCACCGCGCGCGCGUUUUCGUAGGCACUGCUGCAGUAAUUAGCGUCGCGCGAUCGUGUCGGUAAUAAUUACACACUAUCGGGUACAAUCAUAAUUAUAAACCGCCGUAGUUAUAUCGUUCUAAUGUAUGACAUCGUCGAUUGGAGAUUGCGGAACAAAUCGAAUAGUCGGGCGGAAUCGAGAGAGAAUUUGGCCGAGCACCGGGACAGAUUUCCGAAACUCGGUCGAAACCUACCCGGAAAUUUCAAUGUGAUCAUGAUAUAUUGUAGUAGCGUCUUAAAGUGCAGCAACCCGCAAUACACAUAAUACGGCGACUAGAGGACUGUUUAAUAUGUUUCAUAAACACGGCAAUAAUUAUUCCCUCGUCGGAAUCAGAAAGAAGAAAUCGAGCCUGCAUUACCGAUGUACAUACAUCACGUACGUAGGGUUCUAAAAUUUCACGAAUUUUUUUUUUUUUUUUUAAUAUUUCAUUUUGAUGAAAAUUAAAAAAACUUAUUUUAAUUUAAAACUAUAGUAGAAAAUACAGUAAACACCUCUACUUAGUUGAGUGUUUAGUGGAAUAUGUUAUAGAAAUAUUUCUUACAUUAUACAAAUUACAUAAUAAUGCAUACAAACAUAAUUCGAAAAAGCUUCAAAACUCAUGAACUAUAUGGUAUACAUUCCUAUUAAUUCAUGUUUAUUUAACAUUUUAUAAUUAAUAAUUACAUAGAGUUUUAACCAGAGUCACUGUAAUGAUUAUCUAUAAAUUAUAAGCUUUAUGUAGCAUUUGAAUUCAAAUAAUAUACAAAUUUUAAUUUGUAAAAUCCCUAGAGUGCUUAUUAUUAUAAUAAUGUAUAAUAUUAUAUAUUAUAUUACACAAUUUAUCAUUAUAAUUCAAAUGAACAUAAAAGAAAAACUAUUCUUAACGUGUAGUAUUUUUCGAAACAACUGUACAGAGUGCAGUUUAAAUAUGGGACGUUAAUGAUAUCGAUCAUCGAAUUACGGUACUUAAUGCGUAAAAAUAAAAUAAAAAUGCCGUACACUUACACUAUGGAACAGUAUAGUGUAUUGAUGCGUAUGUAUUAUGCAAAUCGUUUUUAACGGAUUCCAGAGAGUAAAAAUUGUCAAAACGCUAAAAACUGGUACUGGUACUGCGUAUAUUAAUAUAAACAUAAUAUACAGUUAACGUGAAACGUUUAUAUUAAUUCGAACUGUGCGCGUAGCGAACUGAAAACAAAUAUUUCAGGAGAAUGCCAACAAUAAUUGUAUUAAGGUAACCCAUAUAAUACUUUAUGAACUAUACGACCAAAACAAAAAAAACACAUAUAAAAAUUCUGAAGAAAUUUAUAAAACCAUUACAAAUGCAUAGGUGUGCAUUAAAUAGAGUCAAAAAAUUAAAGUUAAGUUUUCAUUGGAUAAACUUUUACAGUUUACUUGUAUAAACAUCCAGUUAAGUUAACGAGCUAAAGGCAAAUUAUUUUUUUUCGAAAUUUAAAAUUUAAUUUCAAUUAGUUAUUGUCAGUACUUACUGACAAUUCGGUCGGAUGCACACCAAAGCAGUACGAAAUAGGAGGCCAGGUUAUUGCAGUGAAACGUGUCAAUAUUUUUUCACUGUAUUGAUGAGAAUUUGGUGUACAUUGCCCGUUAAUAAUUAACUUAUUUUUAACUGAGUUAAGUUAAUAUUUUUUAUAUUUUAACUUUUAACUUGACUAGUUAAAUUUAUUUUUUCUUAACUAUUAACUUUUAACUGAAGGCAUUUUUGUAUAAUAUUUAACUUAAAUUAAACUAGUUAAUUAUUUUCAUUAAUUUUUCCGCUUUUUUGAUACAAUACACGUUACUGCCAAUGUUGAAAAUUGGAUAAUGUCAACUUUUGGUUCAAUAAAACCUAUGUGCUGUUUUAUUAUUAGAAUAAAAUGGCCUAUUAUCAAACUUAAAGGUGUGAAUAAUUUCUAUGUUUGUCGUUGGUUUUUUUCCGAUAUUUAAAAUUUUUAAUAAGAUACAAGGUACUAGGUGAAGUAUUGCAAUUGAAAAAACUUUGUAUCUCGUUUAAAUAUUAAAAUAUCGGAAAAAACCAACAUACAAACAUAGACAAUAUUCUUACUUUGAAGUUCGAUAAUAUGCCAAAAUUAGUUCUAUUGAAUGAAUAAAACACUAUACAAUUUUCAACAAAAGCUGUAACGUAUUAUACAUAAUCUAAAAAUUAUUUUUGUAUAAACUGUUAAACUUGAUGUCGUGAUAUAUAUGUUUUUAGAAUAUUUUCAAUGAGGGUUAUCAAAAAAAAAAAAAAAAAUGUUUAAUUAAAUCCACAAAUGGUGUUGUUAUUGGUCGAAAAUUCAGCAUCUUUUUAGGUAUAUUACGUCGAAAAAUUGGAGUUUUUUUAACAGGAAAAAUAUUUUCUCAGAAAAUAAACAUACACGCUUUUUAUUGGAAAACUAAUAGCUCUUCCGAUACACUCGGAAUUUAAAAUGUGAAAUCACGUUUCGAACAAAUCGUCACAUUAUAGAAAAUCAACGGCAAAAAAAAAUACACAUAAGAACCGCGGGAAUCCAUUAUUCAUCGCUGUUAUUUUAAUCGGUUGUCGCACACGGUGUCUUUAUACACAGUAGGUAUACACGUAUACCAUUAUGUGCGUGUCCACAUAUGUGUAAGGCAGGUAAUCGAAAAUCAAUUUUUUGAUUACCUAUAAAAAGAAGAAGACGAAAAAAAACGUUAUUUUAAAUAUUUUAUAUUAUGCAAAAUAUAGAGCGCGAAAUGACUCGGUACUUUUUAAUUCGCGUAAUGAACGUAAUUAAAUGGUUAUCAUUGAUUUAUAGUAAUUCGUAAACAGUUACCGAGCGGAUCAAUUUGUUUCGGUUAACUAUAAUAUACUGUUAUAUUCUAAUACUAUACUACUACAGUCAUGUAGACUGUAGCACUACACACCACUUACAGUUUGUACAAAACGGAAUUAUACGGAUUUCUGACGUUUUGUUCAACCGGAUAAAAUAAACUAUUAAAAUGUACAGGCACUUAGGUAUAUUAUUGUUCGGGUACCUACCCACCGUCUAAUUAGUUAAUGGAGCCGGUACAAGUUUACACGCGCCGUGUUUAUAACCCUCUGCGCAAGUAUAAUUAUUUAAAUGAGUGCAUUAUUCGCGUGUAAUGCGAAACCAACAGCGGCAAAACCGUAGGCACAACAACAUACCUAGAAGGUCGUUUUCUUCCGCAUUUCAUUGUUUCCCGUAUGGGCACUGGGCAUAUUCUUUUAAAUUCUGAGCCAAACGAGAAAUGUAUUGAUUACACUAUGAUAUGUUUAUUUAAAUUUUUUUUUUUUUUAUCCGUAAACGACUUUUCCACCGGAAAUCUUGCUCCGAUUUUCAAGUGCCUAGUAACUUUUCUGAAUGCACAUUUUAUUGGGCUGUACUUUAAGCGGGUCAUUUUUUGAUUUUCCAAAGAAUGAAAAACCGGGAAAAUUUAAGAAAUGUAUUAUUUUCAAUCGUGUUUUUCGGUUGUGAUUCAAUUAAAAAUAUUCGUAGAGACUUGAAAUUUGGACAGACGACUUAUACUUGCCAUUACGUCUAACGUGGUGAUAUUUUGGUUAUUUUUGAGCAUUGAAAGACAUGUUAAUUUUGCGAGUUUUUUAUGUAAUUUUUAUUUGAUAGGUACACUGUGGAUAAAAUUUUUAGAUUUACCAAAAUUUCUUGACAAUUUAACAAGACAUUCAUUAUAAAUCAAGGUUAAAAAAAAAAAAUUAAGUGCAAUGUAUAAUUUUUUUUAUAUGAAUUAUAAUAUCAAAUUUUAACGAAAAUCAUAAAUAUUCCGGCCUUUCAAAACAUUUAUAACUAAACUCUGCUCAGAAUCGUUUUUGUUAUCAAAGAGUAAUCGUUGUGUACAGAUAUACAUCAAAUGCCCCUCUAUAUCCUAUACCUUCCAAACUUCUCACCUACAACAGUUGCCCACUCAUUUUGCGAAGCGUGCCCGUCUUUAUUAUUAUUUUAUUUUAAUUCCCCUCGUCUGAUAAAAAGAAAUUAAUCGAGGAAAGAUAUUAUGAGUAUUAGACGCAGUGGCGCAGCCAGGAUUCUUGAAUAGAGGGAGCCAAAAAAACACUGACAAACCCAAAAUUACACGUUCAUUUGCUUUAUUAUAGAUUUAAAAAUAUGCUUACUAAGUCAAUAAAAUAUGAAAAUCAACCGCAUACACUAUAAUAAAGUAACAUGCACACGAAACGAUUAUAUCAAAAAUAUAAACACAACAAUAAAGGGGAACAUGGCCCGCGUGCAUCCCCUCCAGACUGUGCCAAUGAUUAUACGCAGUAUUUAACGUGAGAAUCGUUUCACGUACCAUGUAUUAUUUAUACUACUAUACGCAGUAUAGGUACCUAAAGUAAACACAGUAUAAUAAUAUAUUCUUGUAAUGCACAUUUUUUUUAAAAAUUUCAAUUGUUUUACUGAGAACUUUAUUUGUGAUGGAACUCAUAUUAUACUACCGACAUUUCAUAUUAUACUGUUGUUAUUAUUAUUAUUAUUAUGACAUGUCGAUCGGUUAAAAAUAAUUUUCACUUUUUCCAGUAUUUUUUUGUUCCUAUACCUAACUAUAUUAUCAUUACAGUAUUUUAUACUGUUGCAAAAUAAGUCUAUAUUAUAAUUAGGUAGGUAUCUACUCAUUGUAUUCAAUAAUUUGCUAAAACCUAUAAUACAUGUCUUGAAAAAUAUUAAAUGUAAAAAAAAAAAAAGCAGCAACCGUCAUACAUUAAAAAUAAUCGGUUGACCAUAUUAAUGUAAUUAUUUUUUUUUCUCUGUAAAUACAGAAAAAUAUAUAACUUUCUACGUCGGUUCUGUUUUUUUGUUUUGUUUUUUUGUUAUUAUUAUUUUCAAAUUCAUCCGAAAAUCGUAAAAACACGCGAAAGAAAAUGAAUUAUUAUAAAACAAUAAUAUUCAGUGAAAGCAUAUACACAAUAUUAUACUAGAAAUGAAAAUGUGUGUUAACGACUAAUGCACGUGUAAGGAUUAUAAUCUAGAAAAAUAAUAAUAAUAACAUAAGCAACAUGUGCCGUUCUAUAAAAUAGCCUAUUGUACGUUCAAAAUAAAUUCUGUUGGUGAGUUUAACCGAGUAGUUCAAAGGUAAAUAGAGUAGGUAGUACACAUUAAUAAUAAGUUGGUGAAUCGUGUUACAUGAAGGUCAACGUCCGGCAAAUUUACAAAUAUUUCACAAUAAUUAUCACGAUUUACAUAAAUCUAGUAUGCUCUGGUGAUGUAAAUACACUAUAUAGGUACAUGAGUAGAGUUGGGAUAAGAGUGAUGCUGGUCAUAAAAAAUCAAAAAUAUUGUAAAAAAAAAAACCAUAAAAGGACGACCAUAACUCGCACGUGGGUGCAGCCACUGUUGUAGGAGGGAAAUUGGGAAGGUAGGGUACAGAUGGGAAUUUAAUGUAUCUGUAUCUGUUAGUAACGAUAAGUUAUUGCUAAUGAAAAAACGAUUCUGAGCGGAAUUUAGUUGAUAGUAUUGCUUUGUCAACAAUAUAUAUGUCAUAUGGUAAAAUGAUUACAAUAAUGUGUGUUUCUAUGACAACAAUGAUUGUUUAAAAAGUAUUAAAAUUAUAAAAUGUUAAUAAUACAAAUAAUAAAUAAAAACGGUUGACAAUGACAACCUUAUUUUUAAUCUUUCAAUAUUUUUUAACCUAAAGAACCAGGUUUUCCUCAUUACCUCGAAUAUUAAUGAGAAUUUCAAAAAAUGACCCCUUCAAAGUACCACUCAGAGAACAUUUUCUUUCAGAAAAGGUGCUAUACUUGAUAAUCAGAGAAAACGCUCUGGUUGAAAAUGUGUUCAAUUAAUAAAAAAAAAAAUUUUUUAUUUUUUUUAUUUAAAAAAAAUUUGGGCGUUAAAUCCUAUCUUGGUUUUUUUUUUAAAUUAUUAUUAAAAUAUUAUGUUACAUAUUACCCGUUUCGAUUACUACGUAUGAACACGUCAUGUUCUCUAAAAAAGACCAAAACAUACUUGUGGAAUACGAUGCCAGAGGUAUAUUUAGAAAUUAGAAUUGAAAAUUAAUAACUAAUAUUCUAACCAGCACAAGCUUAGCUUAUGUAGUGGGUACUGCAUUAUUUAAAUUAAUUUUAAAUUGCUUAUUUUAUUGUUGUAAUAAAGUAAAGUUAUAGAUACAAAUAUUAUAUCAUACCUAAUAACAGUAAUAGCUAAAUAUAUUAUUCACUCAAAUCGAUGUAAUGGAUUGACUAUGCUGAUAGUCCAUAGAAAUGUACCGAUAUUACGAUAUUACAUAAGUACUGAAUGAAAUGGAUAUUAUAAAUUGUACCCGAUUUGUUAAUAAUCUACCUAAAAAAUGUAUAGUAAAUUAUAGUCACGAUUCGUAAAUCAAUCGUAUAUUCUACUUCUAUUAUACCUUAUACCUAAUUAACUUCACAGUGAGGAUUUAAAAGCCGAGUCCCAAAAAGCCAAUUUUUACCCACUCAAUAAAUGCAAUAAUUUUUUUCUAACUUGGUUGAAAUAUAUUAUUUCAAGACAAAAUUACUAAAUAUAAAUACUCAAUAAUUGUUAUAUUUUUAAGCCAAUGGAGGGAGAUAUAACUCUUUACUGAUUACUGAUUGAUGCUUACUGAUUCAGACGUAUCACAAAUCACAAUAUUCUUCAUUGAAAUGAAUUUUAAAUUACAGAUUUCCCGUUGAAACGAUCGCAAUAUCCCAUGCACACAGCAACAGUCGCUCGGAAAAUAUGCGUCCGAACCCCGAAAAUGUGCAACCAACGAUCUUGGAGUUUCGAUACCGUUCACGGUGAACUGAAAGUCACUGCCAAACAACAGUACAAAGCGAUUUCCCGAUCCAGCUGUAUGGACAAAUGUUUGAACGAAAAAAAUUUUCAGUGCAGGCAAGUGUCAUCCGAGAGUUGGAUUUAUUUAUUAUAAUAUCGAAUCAUUUCAGUUGUCUGGAAAGGAAAUUAACAAGCUGAAUGAUCUGUAAUAUGUUAGUAAUUUUAUGUUGUACUACAUUUUGUUUAUAAGCGAUUAUCCACGAAGUUUUCAAGUAAAAUUUAUUUUUGGUAUUUUCAAUCGUUAUUAUUACAAAGGCGUUUUAUUGUCAACAUUUUCAACAUUUUAUCUUUAUUAUUCCGUCUACUAUAUAUAACAUUUAAUAUAUCUUAUAAUCAUUGGCACAGAAAUCAGAUUUUGAUUUUUAAAAAGUAUCCACCCGAUACGUAGCUUUGACAUAAUCGAUAUUUCUAUAUAAAUUUAAAUUCGAAAAGAAUAUAUUUUUCUAAAAAUGUAGAAAUAAAUAGAUAUUGCAUAUAACUCGCUAUACCGGAAGAAAUAUUAACCUAUUCAUAUUUAUUAUGAUUGAAAAAAAUCUAAAUUCCAAAUUUAUUCAAAUCACUGUUUCGUAAAAAAAAAAAAAAAAAAAAAGAAUCACUGCAAUGUACACUGUACAUAAUAUUUAUUUAUCAAUGUCUUAUUUACACGUCUAAUAAUAAUAGGUAUUUGCGAUUCAUACACAAAAACAGCGUGUAAACGCAAUAAUGAAGAACAUUUCUACAAUAGAAACGGAUAGGUAUAGUGAUAAUUAUAACUUAUAAUUUAUAAGUUUUGAGGAAUAAUAACCGAAAAAUACAUACAUUUAAAACAUAUAUAUUAUCCAGAACUAGACUGCCGCGUAUAGUACUGUUACCGCCGCAACUCGUCUAUGUUAUUAAGUCGAUUCCGAGUAUAAUUUAUUCAAAUUUAAAAAUUAUUUUAAUGUACAACAAUGAAUAAUAACAUAUGUGGAUACAGCAGUAAUUACCUAGUUUAAAAUAUUUUAAUUAUAUUAAACAACCCGAUGUGAGCGAAGCUUUCAAUAGGAAGGGGAUCAACUUCACCAAAUCCUUUUUAAGUGCAAUUUUCUUACGGGGUAGGGCCUGAAAAAUCGUAUUAUUAUUUUGAUCAGUAAAAUUCGUUGUUUGGAUCUGUAGUAACCUUGAAUCAGCAUGCGCCUGUUUUAUGCGGUAGUCUUCGGAUCUAACAUUCGCAUGCUGCUGUUAGUUCGUGUAUGAGAUAAUACGAGAAGAUACUAAAUAAAAAUACAAAGAAAUAUUCGAUUUUACUGCAUUUAGGUAGGUUUCGGGUUACCUGCUCGUACAAUAUGUUUAUUGACUCAUUUUACAGUUGGACAACUAACGCUAAAGAUACGAUUUGAGUACCUAUAUUUUAUAUAAUAUAGGCUAUAACGCAUAUUGCGUUUCACGUGUUAUCGUGUUAUCGUUAUUCGAUUUGUGUUUUUUUGUUGUUUUUUUGUUUUUUUGUUGAUUUGUGUAAAUGUUAUUUACAAAUUUUUAAAGAAAUUCAUAAUACAAUGUAAUGUAAUAUUAUUGUUGACUUAUUAUCGCGUGUAUUGUUUAAAUUUAUAAUUUUUUUUUUUUUUUAUCAUAGGCUUCUCAUUGUAUCGUAUAGGUUUUGAUACCUGCAUAAUUACACACAUUUUUACUUAUAACGUAUUUAAUCACGCUAGUCUUUUAGUAACAUUUAAGUCUAUUUGAAAACAACAAAAAAUAAUAAUAAAUUCGUAACGAUAAUAUUAUUUCGUACCGUCUCGAUCAAAACGGCCAACAGUGCAUAUUAGGGGUGGUUAUUUUAUAAAUGGGUUACAUUAUUGUUCAGCCCAAGCCAGUUUGAAGAGCCAACCCUGUUGUGAAGCAACCAGACGGGCAAAUUUCGGUAUAUGCAGUUAGAAUAAAAACAAAAAUAUAUAUUAUUACUCUAUGUUGCAUACUCAAUUAUUAAAUACUAUAGUACCUACAAUAGUUUUUUCUAUAAACGAUAAGAUUAACUAAUAAAAUAAUGACAACUUAAAAAUCGAAUGAUUUAAUUACAAUUUCAAACUUUUGCAGUGACUUUCAUGAACCAUAAAAAUAAUUUUUUAACUCACUCGAAAUUUCGGCGGUGCUACAAACCUCUCAGCCACUUUUAGCUACGCCACCGUCUUUCAUCUAUUAGAGUGGCAUACAAAAGCGGCCACAAUUGACGCACAGCUAUGAACUACUAGACUUGGAAAAUAAAUUCGAUGCUAUUGAUGGAACCCUUAGUUCAUGUGAACAGCAUAGUAUCACUGCGUCACGAUAGAAUUACAUUCGAGAUUAUAUAUAUCAAAUUAUAGUGACAAAUUCGAUCGGUAUUCGGAAACUCAAUUUUCAUGAGUUAACCGCAUGGGUUCAGUGUGAACAACUUUAUAUAGAUUCAGGUUACACUAGAAUAGUAUAGGUACUCGGCCGAGUUAAUUUAGCAAGUUGCUAAAUUUGUUUUGCUUGAAAAAUGUACACACAUUUUUAAACACAAAAGGUUUAGGUCGAGUGACUAGAAAACGGUACUAUUUUCUCUAUAAGACUUUGACUUGCUAUUGCACUCGUUUAUCUACUCAACUGAUGUAGAUACCACUGUUACCAUUAACUUUAGUUAAACGGUGAAUGAAAUACGUUAUCUAUGAAUUAUCACAGUUAUCUAAUGUCUGUUUGGUAAGUAAGGUAUUAAACAACGACAGAUUCUUUCACAUGCAAUUUGUGAACUCGUGUCACAUCAUCUUCUGCAAGUUCGCUUAAAAUCAAAUUGCUACCUCGAUCUAAUUUAAUUUUUUUCUUUCCGCAUUCUAUUUUAUUGAACCAUUUGAUUCUUUAAUGAUUACCAAAGUACAGUUUUUGAAUAUUAAGAUCACAGUGUUUUUUUUUUUUUUUUUUUUUUUUUUUAUUUUUCCAUAAAAUAUACAAAAAUGCACCACUAGAAUAAACUAUAUCCUAUACCUAGUCAAUUUUAACGGAUUGCGUUUAGACUGCGUAGUUUAGUACUCGAUUUAGCAAUCUGCUUUAGUGACUCGUCCGAGUACUAAACACGUGUAACCGCGGUUGUCUUAUUCGAUGAAAUCCCGUAUACGGUACACGGGGGGAAUCAUAGUCUAAACGUUUAGUACAAACGGUUCUAUAGAUAUACCGGAGGAAGGGGGGAGGCAAGCAGACGAUUUUCAACGGAUAUUUUCGCGCGAUACUUAUGACGUUUUUCCUUUUACUUUAAGGCGGUCGUUAUGCAACAAAAUUAUAAUAUUAUACACGCGUUGUAACCCGUUUUUUGGAGCCUGUAAUAUUAUAUAUAAUAUAUCGGAACGUAAAACCGCAAUGUGUAGUAUAAGAACAUAAUAUUGACGACCGAUUUUCGGCGUCCGGUAUAGGAUACAUGGAUUUGAAAUUAUCGGAUGACGGUCUCAAUAAUUGAAUGGUCGGUCAUACCCUGUCAGAUAGCAACAUUAAUAUUGAGAUACGUGUAUUAUAGCAUAAAACUAUUAUACAGAGUGUCUCACGAUUAUAUAUGUACUCAUACCAAUAUCUCGGAAAAUAUCAAUUCAGUUCGGAAUUUCUUCUUUUUUUUUUUUACCUGUUAAUAAAAUGUUAAGUUCUACAAUUUUUCAUCAAUAUCAUUAUUUUCGGUCACCCUGCCUGUUGAUAUUCAAAAUAUGAAAAUCUAUAACACUGAAAAUGCAUGAAAUACAAUAUGGAGUAUUAGUUCAAAUACAUUUUGGUAUUGGAUUUCCGUCAAUCCAUUAACGAGAUAUUCAACUUUUAAGUUUCGAUAGGGGGAGAGUAGUGGAACAUCGUUUUGUGCGUUUUGCGUGACGUUUUUAUUAACGAAAAACGAUUCUGAGCGGAGCCCGGUUAUACAUAUUUUGAAAAGGCAUAAUAUUUAUACGAUUUGAGAAUACAAUACAUCUCGUAAAUUUUCCCGGCUUUUCCCGUUUGUUACGAUAAAACGUGGGAAAAUUAAAAAAAAUUACCUCCCUAUAGUAUUAUUAGCUCAGUGAGAUUUUCUUCCGGGGAAAAGUGUUACACUUGAAAAUCAGAGCGAAAUUUCUGAUAGAAAAAUUGUUCCCGGAUAAAAAGAAAAAUUAAAAAACAACAUUUCCCGGUUCACUCGGAAUCUAAAACGGUUAAAUUGCCCAGUUUCGGCAAAGUAUUCAAUAUAAUGUGCAUUGUACAAAUUCGAAAACGACCGGCCGUUCUGUAAUGGCGACCGCCUUACAACGCACCUACCUUACAUUGUACAAUAUAUUUAAAUAUGUCUAAAUGCGUAUGCGUGCAAGGCGCAGGACAGCUACCGGAGCGACCGGAGAGUCUGUAUCCUGCGCAGCGUCUGUAGCGGCCGCGUAUCAUAAGCUCGGCGAUCCGUGACGCGUCUACCGAGUGCAAUGUCAGGCGGUUUAAGUGUAACAAUAGUAUACCUGUGUAAUAUUGUUAUCCAUUCCGAUUGACAUCAUGUCAGUCAAUAACCCAUAAACUUUGCGGUCACGAAUAAAGAAUCAAAAAUACAAAUGUACGGCGCGUAUAUCCACGGUACUCGUAUAUACAUAAUACGUUCGAUGGGUACCAUGAUAGAUGCAUAAAUAAAUAUUCGGGCGUUAUAAACGCGUUUUGUAUAACGAGAAACGAUAAUAAUAACGCUGGGAACAGAUGUUAUAUUUCGUCGGCGAAUAACAACAAUAAUAAUAACGACGAAAUCGUCAUAAUGUUUACGUGCACGUCAUGAUGUUAUAGUAUGUACCUGGGUAUAACGCAAACGUUUACAGACAGAUGAACCGUAUAAUUGUUAUUGUCGUGUCGUGUCGCGCACGUUGUUCCGCACAAUAAUUCUCGACCGGUCGAGCGUCGCGAAAAUAUCGUAUACGCCGCGUAUUAUAAUAAUAUUAUUAUUAUUAUUUAUAUCGUCGUAAGUAUUGUAUCCGAAAAACCGGAUUGUAGAAUAUUGUAGAUUCCGCGGUAUCCGACGGUACAUCAUUACACGACAAGGGCGCACAUCUGUCCCAACCUAAGGGGGUAACGAUCAUAAAAAAAAAAAAAACAUUGAUUUUAUUAAAUAACGGAACAAACAUAUAUUUUAUACGUGAACGUGAUGAAUUUUUCGUCUAUGAACACGGAGCAUACACAGUCGAUCCGACCUAUAUUCUCCCAUAAUGUAUACCUGUAAGCAACGAUAAACCAUUGCUAACGAAAAACGAUUCUGUGCGGAGUUCAGUUGAUAGUGAUGCUUUGUCAACAAUAUAUACGUCAUAGUUUUGUAAAAUAAUUAGAUAAGCAUUAUAUGUUUUCUUUAAUAAUAUUUGUUUAAUAUUGUACCGAUUUUCCCGUUUUUCUUACGUUUUUCCCGGUUUUUCACAUUUGCUGGGAAAACUCUUGGGGAAAUUGAAAAAUGACCUCUCUAUAGAACCUUUCCGGUCAGAUUUCAUUUCGGAAAAAGUGCUGUCUGUUAAUAUAAAUUGGAGCAAAAUUGCUGGUAGAAAAGUUGUUUACAGGAAAAUAAGGCCGUAAUAUUUUUAACCAAUGCCCAUACAUUUCGUACAUUUUCUCGUUUUUCCUCAGUUUUUUUUUCGGUUAUUCACAUUUGUUGAGAAAUCGCUUGGGAAAAUGACCUUCCGAAAGUACCUCCCCACACCGAUUUACUUUCAGAAAAGGAGGAAAAUUUAAAAAUCGGAGCUAGAUUUCUGGUAGAAAAGUUGCGUACAGUUAAAAAAAAAAAAAAAAAAAAAACAUUUUUGUAAAACCAUAAGCUUCGUCCACUAAAAAUCUAAAAAUAACAAUAUAAUUUUUCUCGGAGGGUAACAUGUCUCUCCCUUGCACCGCCUUAUGGGCGCUCCAGCAUUACAGUAUAUUACGAUGUACUACAACUCGUGUCGUGGCCACGUUGUGAAUUCGAUAUAAUUACGAAUAGUUGUCCGUUCCGCGAAAAGGUAUUGUUUCGCACUUUGUGAGUUACCGAAAAUAAGUAUGGGGGAAAAAAUCAACGGAAAAAUGAAAAAAAAAUCCACCCCUGUAGCUAGGGGUAUUAUAAUUAAUAUUAUCGAUUGAAUUGAUUUACUACUAUGUAGACAUAUAAUAAAUAAGGUGUACCCAAUAUCAUUCAAAAUUACUUUAUUACCUAUGCAUAAAAUUAAUAAAAAUAACGAUUCUGAAAUGAUUGAUGAAUUUAUUUUCAUAACCCCGUACACGAAGAAAUCCUACUCGCGAGUCUGUGUACAGUGAAUGUUUUCUCACAGUACCUACACAAAUUGGACGACGACGUAUUAUUGCGUAUUGGUACAACACUAGAACACAAUAUCAAAUUCAAGCGGUUAUUCAUGACAAAAUAGUCAUUUCGUGAAACAAUUUCGUACUUCAUGAAGUGUUGAACUACGGACCGUUUAUGUUUCACGAAAUGGAGAACCUUCUAUACAAAAUGAUUGAAUUUCACACAUUUCGGCUACAACACACGUAUUACACGUCAGAUUAUACGGAAACAAUGUUUACUAUUAAUCGCGGAUUAGGUUACUUAAACGAAAAUCGGCAGAAAAAAAAAAUUAUUAACCUCUUUACAAUAAUAGGUACACCGCGAUUUAACCGAUUGAAUUUUAAACGCUUAUCGAAUUCCGGAGAGAGAAAAAAACCAACUCAAAUAAUAUUAUCACGGGUAUUAUAUUAUUAUCGAGCAUACAACGAAAACACGAAAAUGCGUCGAUUCAAUUAACGACGAACACGUCGAACUAAAGCCGACCGAGUCAAAAAUUAAAUGACCGUUUUACAAAACCAUAGACAUUUUUUUAUGGAUAUUUAAAAACCGUGUUUUCUUUGGUUUGUCGGUUUUGUGAAACUUAGCGAUUUACAGUAAUGUGGGUUGGCCGGGUAUUAUAGUGCGUAUGUUUGUGCCGAUUUUCGCGUUUGUACGCGCGUUUUACGACGUUUCGGGUUUAAAACGUGUGUAAUCGACAUCCUUUCCCCUAAUACACUGUUUGCGCUCGUGUUUAAAGCCCGCGCAUAAUAAUGAUAAUAUUAUUGUUAUUAUUAUUAUUAUUUUUUUUUUUAUUAAAUUCGCACAGGAUAUAUUAUUAUUAUUACUAUUAAACGGUACACAAGCGCUAUACAUUACAGUAUACUUAAACCGCGUCGGGAGAGCCGCGAAUUAAAAAUAUCUACAACGUAAAUUAAUAUAACUGGUAUACAAUACAUAGGUAAAUUAACAGUUUAUACAACAGUGUGGGAUAUCUUGAACCGUUUUCCAGUGGAACGAUAAUAAUAUUAAUAACAAUUAUUAUUUUAUACGAACCUCGAAAAUUAUACCUACGUAUGGGCGCCGAAAUAGCAUGCCCGUCGGCAGUAACGUGUUUUUUUUUUAUCCCCAGGAAGUUUUCUACUACAAUAUAACAUUAUAUUUCGUAUAUACGGGUGGCGAAAAUGUUCGUUCCCCCUCAUACCGCUCUUUCAUAUACUCGAAACAAUCGUUAUUAUUAUCUAGGUAUACUAAUUCCAUAUCGACUAUAUUGUAACUCGCUCUGUGUUCGAUAUUGUCCUACAUUGUACUGGAUCGGUUAACAAUAUUACGGGGAGGUGGGCGGCGGGAAAUUAAAUUAACUAUAAUAUCGUAUACAAACAAGAACAAAUAUCGAAAAUAGUAACUAUAUCGAUCGCGCUGUAUUGUGUCUGCAUAUUAAUAUCUUUCGCGCGCUACGUUCGGAUACGUUUGGCGGCUCCCUACUUGGACCGAAAGAACUGCAGGGAUAUUUUGCGAAUUAAUGGUUUUAUUUUAUGUACCACGUGAUCCAUUUAAGCGGGUACACUCAUUAUCUCGGAAAGUAUUAACUUUUUCCGGAAUUUGUUUUCCAGACGUUCAAGAAACAAGCUGCUUUACAAUUUUACAUUUAUGUUAUUUUUGGGAGUUGAACCACUACCUAAUUUUGAUUUUCAAACGGCAACCAAUAUUAAAAAAAUCCAUAAACAGAUGGAGUAAUAGCGAUAAUAAAUUUUAGUUUUGACAUUUUUGAUCUCUGUCAAUCCGUUGACGAGAUAUUCCACUUUUAAGUUUGGAUUGGAGGACAGCAUAGUGAUACAUUAUUAACACGCCGCGCGCAGUACCGCCACACAAAUUCCACUGCUCUUCUCCAACUCAAACUUAAAAGUGGAAAUUUCGCCAAUCGCUUAACAGAAAUCAAAAAUGUUAUCACUAAAAUUCAAUUUGACGGAUAAUUCGUCUAUUCAUUUUUAUAUAGGUUGUCAUUUGAAAAUCAAAAUCAACCUACUCGUAGGUACUGGUUUUACGUCCAAAUAUAUGAGGGUUACAAAAAACAACAUAAAUAUAAAACUGUAGAGCUACUUGUUUCUUCAAUGUUCUAGAAAACAAAUUCCGAAAAAAGUUAAUACUUUCCGCGAUAAUGAAUGUACCCACUUAAAUGGAUCGCCUGGUAGGCUGAUCUAAGUGAUGUAUACAAUUCUGAUUGAAUUUCAAUUGAUGCAAAAGGAGGCAUCUAUGCAGGUUUUAAUUAUCGAACGUCCCUACUGCAGACCCCUACAAUUGAAGCCGGGUGAAUGCGAUUUUGUAUACGCGCGACGUUAUUAUGAAUAGCGAUGUGCCUUUCGGGGGUUUCGACUUUCACUAUUAUGAUCGGAUUUCACGAUUAUUUCAAAUAGCUAUAAUAUAGUUUCAGAUUUUUCGGUACCUAUAUAGGACAGUAAGUAUAUAACUGUAUAAUAUUCAGUUAUUAUUAUUUUACAAAGAAUAUUUUUUUCUAUAAUUGGUACACGAAAUAGACGGUGAAAAAUUUGACUACUCGAGUGACGGAACCGUGUUGCAGCUUACGAGUGUUUUUUUUUUUGAACUACUCUCGCGUUUUAUAUUGAUUUACACAAAAAUAACGCCCUCAGAAAAAUAAUAAAUAAUACCGAUUUCAAUUACCGUUUCCCGAUACUACACUCGUAUACAUAUACGAGUAUUAUACAGAAAUAUCAAAUACCUAAGAAUACCAGUUUAACGCGAGCACCGUGUAUUAAAUUUAUUUUACAUUUGUUAAGUGUUGAAUGCAAAUUGUCUAGUGCCGGUGGAACGAUUUGCGGCGACCGGUGACAUUUUUUUUUUUAUUUAUCGCGUGGGUGUCAGUAUUUAACUCGAAGAAAAGUACAUUCCGGACAUUCAGCAUCCUUUCGAGUAAAAAAUUUCAUGAAUAGUAUUAUAUGAGUAAUGGUUCGAAAGGGGCCCGCAUAGGCGCGAGACCCGAUGGCGCGGUCGGAAAACGAAACCUAUCGACAUUUUCUGUGUUCUAUAUUACAGAUUCGCGUUUAAGUGCAAUUAUUAUUAUAUUUGAUUUUUUUUUUUCUUCUAUAAAGCAAUUUCCUAAAUUGCUACUGCUGUUUAUCACGUACCUACCAAACUAUACUGCUGCAGAAACACCUGUGUGUUGGUGUAUCACUUUUUUUUCUCCUAAACGGUCAUACGCUCAUACGAAUUUACGAUUUAAACAUGCAACGUAAAUUACCUAUAUCGAAAUAGCAAUAAAAUAUUGAUGAAAUUCGUCGCCUAUUGUUUAUUAACGCGGUAAAAUAAUAAACUGUACCGAUAUAAUGGUAUAAAUUAUAGUAGAACAGUAUAUUUUAUAGGAUUUGUUUAACCGAAGGGAAAUAUGGAAACUGGAUAUUAGAUAACUUAUAGUAGCGUUGGUGGGUAAAAAAACUAUUAUAGUCGCAUGUAUUAUACUUCUUAUAAGCUGUACCUAAAAAUAGUAUGUAUAAUAAUUGUUGCCCUUGACAAUAUAAUUGGACACAAACAAUAUUGGUCGCGGAAAAUUAGGCGUGGCACAAGAUCGCCGAAGAAAAUUUAUCGCACGACUUAUUUUGAGUACGAAUUCAUAAACUAAAAGAAUUUUAAUUUAUAAAAAAAUUUUCUAGGCACUAGAAAGUAGAAACCAUUUCUGAUAUUGACGGUCGGAGUCAGAUUUCUGAUAUAGACAAAUUUUUUACAGACAGAAAAAUAAAAACAGCACAUAAUAAUGUAUCACAGUAAAACAUCCAAUGCGAUCAGAAUCUAAAAACACCAGUAAAAAUUAAAAAACACACAUCUCAUGAAGUUAAAAAUCGACAAAUAAUAUGUGAAUAUGUGAUUUUUGUGCGAAAUAUGUGAUAUACAAUUUGUGAUUAUGUUUAUUUCGUUAUCUCGAUACAAAUUAUUAUUUAAUGCUUCCUCGGCUAGAUUUUAAUCGUUUUCUCCUAUUCAAAACGCGCAAAUGUAAUUGCAGUAAAUAUCCGACGGAUCAAACUUCGUUGAGUGUUCGGUAUAGGUUGUCGUAUAGGUUGUCUAAAACACCGAGUAUACGUUAAGUACAGUAACCGCUGACACGAUUACUUGAUUCGUUACAGGUCGAUUAACUUCAACAAGGAGACCGGCGACUGUUAUCUAAACGACGUGGACAGGUUCACGGUGUCCGGGCGCCCGUCAGUCAACAACAGGUCGGCGAGCGUCAUGGACUACAUGGAAUCAAACUGCGUGGUCGAGCAACCGAAAAUGUGCGACUUCACGGAAAUCUCCGGCAAGCUUCUGAAGACGGUCGACGCCAUAUUCGAGAACGUGCCCACCAUGGACCGGUGCAAGGAGAUCUGUCUGGCGGCGAAAGAGUUCCAGUGCCACUCGUUCGAUUACAACGAAACGGGCGUCAACGUGUGCCGGAUAUCGCACCACAGCAUGUCCAGUCUGUCGCAGCUCGAGCACCCGUACACGCCGGUCGCCGGGGCCACGACGUACCAGAUGUCGUCGUGCUUCAGCGUGAAAAUCGACUGCCGCGGCAAGGAUAUGGUGGCCGCCAUACACACCAACCGGUUGUUCGACGGCAAGGUGUACGCCAAAAACAGGCCAAACUCUUGCGUCAACGACGUGAAGAACACGCUGGACUUUGAGUUGCACUUGGACUACCACAACCUGAACUGUGACGUCCGGCAGGAUCAUCCCGGAAAGUUUUUCACCGAAAUCAUUAUCCAGGUUUGACAUUAUACAUAUACACACGGCAGUGGCGUAGCGGGGGGAGGUGUUUUGGUGUUUUCAAACACCCUUCCCCCUCUUCGGUUAUAUUCAUGCCAAACAUUAUAAUUUCUACUAUAUGCUGCGGUUGUGCAUAGAUAAUUGUCAAGUAUAUAAUAUGAUAUAUGCGUUACAUGUGCAUAAUAAAGUUACAAAGUUACAUUUAAACACAAAAUAAAAACACCCCCCAAAAAAAUCCUGGUGACGUCACUGUAUAUACGUGCGGCCGGUGCGCGCCGCAGCCGAACGCGACGUUCUCGUUGGUUCCCAUCACUCUAAUCACAAUAAAAUAUCAUUCCCCGCAUUAUCGCAAUAUCACAUCCUUGUCUCAUACGAAAUAAGUAUAUUUUUACUUCAUUUCAAUGAUGCAUAUUUUGCAGAUUAUAAUAAUAUGCAUAAUAUACACGAGGGGGUAGCCAGGGGAGGUUUUGGAUGUUAUAACCCCUCUCAACUAUUGUUUUUUUUAGCUACAGGUAAGGUUAAGAAAGUCGUAGACUCUUAAACUCUCUAUUCACAGAUAUUUAUUAGUUAAUGAAAAUCGGUUAAAUACCACGAGAUACAAUUUUUAAUUUAAUGCCCACUCUUUUUUAAUGGUGGAUGACUACCGUUAUAGAUAAUAUUGUUUUCAAGAUAGAAAUCGUACUUUUGACUUUUGAACUGUAUUUUUUGUAUCUUCGUCCGUUUGAAUUACAAAUUAUUCUGAUGUGUUCUUUAAAGUAUACUUUUUAGUUCAAGCAUAAAUUGUCGAUGAGUGAUUAUAAUAUUACAUUCUUGGUGGACAACUGUAGUAUUAUUGAAAAUAUCCUCUCUCCUAUGCAAAUAAUCACUUAUGAAAACGAAUCAAAUGUAAAAUUCGUCGAUCAGAAAUUUGUAUCGUUGAACACGCUGUCUAAUAUUAGCAUGUAUAGUGAAAUUAUAUAGAGUGGAGAAAAUGAGAACCACUUCGAAAGGCGCUACGUUUUCUAAAAAAUAAGCGUUCCCUGAGAACUGACUUAACCCAAUCAAUUUUUCAGAAAAUCAUGGAGACAAGACUUUGAAAAUGUUUUCAUUCCACGUGCGUUUGUUCAUAAAAAUGUUAUGUUAAUAGGAUUAAAAAAUAAACAGCCCUCUCUUCUUCAAAAUAUCCUACUUGCAUAAUAUAUGUCUGCAGUGGCAUCUUUAAGGGGGGAAAUCAAGACUCCCCUCUCUUGACAUUAUUUUAGUAUUUAUUUUUUGUAAGAAUACCUAUUUUUUUAAAUCGAAAUUUCUUUACUUUAUAGUCAGAAAAAUAAAAAAAAUUGUUUAAACAAAUCUGUACUCAUAGGUAUAUUUCAUUUUUAAAAACGAAACCUAUCCAAACCACUUUAAUGUGAAGGAGAUUAGAAGAGUGAAUAAUAAACUAAUAAAAAUUAAUAAUAUUAAAAUGUUCUAGUUAUUUGAUUUCAAUGGUAAUUUUAGAACAGAUUGAAUUAUAAAUUACUUCCGAAAAUAAAUAUCCCAUACAUUUAUCUUUUUCUAAUUUUUUUUUUUUUUUUUUAAGUACACUUUAUAAAAUAUAAUUUGACACAAUAAUUUAACAUUAAUUGCCUUCUUCGCGAAAUCCUGUAUUCGCCACACUCCAGUAAGCCUGUUAACUAGUUCAGUAAAAAUAAAUUAAAACAGAGUCGGAUUACGUAGGUAUACACAAUUCAAUGGGUAUAAUUAAAUAAUUUAUUUUUAACAGGACUAAUACGAGUUUUUUAAACGUCAUUGAAAAUACCUAGGUGACAAUAACUAUACGAAGCGUCCCCACCCGACUCCGAUGGCUUGAGCUGAAGACGAGCGGAUAAUUUCCCCGUAAAUAAUAAGAAGGGAGGAUUCCGUUCCCCUCAGCUUUAACCGCUUAAUGUACAUGAUAUGUACCUCGACGAUUGGUUUUAUUUGAUUUCGUUAUGAUGACGAUGGUCCGCGAUGUCGGCCCCCGCAACGCAACACUUAUUUCGACUAUUUUUUCGCCCCCGUCCGCUAGAUUUCUCGUCGGUUAUUGGAAAUUGCGCUAUAAUUGCGUAUGCAUAGGAAUUCAAUUACGUAGCACAAAUAUAUACGCAUACAUAAGACGCAACAACAAUGUUAACAAUGUUGUUCCGAACGUUUUUCGUGACCUUGAUAUAUUUUCAUCGAUUGCGUUCCCUCGAAAUUGCACGGUAAUUCCAAUAAUAACAUCCUAUCGUUUGUUCGGAAAGUAUGAUAUUAUUAUGCGUACAACAUAGUAGCAGGCACCUAUAUUAUAUUAUCGUUAUUAUUAUGGUUCGGUCGGUUCGCGGGGACACACGCCGCCAUCAGAAUUAAUCAUAAUAUAAUUUAUAGGCCGUAUUCCUGGCUAGGUACCUAAUGUAAUAUUGUGCGCCGGCAAUUUAAUCCGAUAGAAAAAUUUUAAAGACGCAUUGAAAAAAUCGUUGAAUUCCCUGCAUUUCGAUGCGCGGUCGUCCCUUCGCAGAGCCGCCGGGUUUUGAAAAUCUCACGGUGGUGGCGGGGACUCACUAUUUUGCAACACACGUAUUAACAGUAUUAGCAUCGUGAAAAACCGCAAGACAGAAAUUAAAAAAUGCCCAACACUGCAGUUAACCAAGGACCUGCAGGUCGAUUACCAAAAUCUACACAUUUUCUUUGCUAUCAAUAUUAAAAAAAAAAACAAAAAAAGUUUGUCUUUCGCAAUUAAUUUGUUAUAAAUUUAGUAUUGAGGAUGUACAUGACAAAUAUUAAAUUUUUUUUUUUUAAAACCUGAGAACCGUGUUGGCUGAGCUCCGUCUUAUCGAGCUCUCAGAGAGCUGCACCUCCAAAGGCCCCCUGUAUACGGUGCCCCUGGUCACCUUAUCAUAUAUUUUCAAAUUGGCUUUCGUCGCGCGUACAGAACCGACGACAUUUUCCCCUCGUCUAUGGUUCCUGUUUAAUAUUAUUUGUCGAAAAAAUCCAAACUCUCGUCAAAAUCACAUAUCGUUAUUAUUAUUUCACCGUACAAAUCCCGGAAAAAAGAAUAAAAAAAAAAGAACAACAAUUUUAAAAUUUUAAAUACAAUCAUUGAUAAAAAAUGAUAUUAUUAUAUAAUUUAUAUUAAAACACUAGAACAUUUUAACAUUUUAGUGACUUUUGACAGACUAAAUUUAAUUCACUCAUCAAAUAAUAGCAUACAAUUAUGAAAAGGUCUUCAUAGGUGAUUUCAAUGAGUAAAAGGAAUGAAAGAUAUAUUGCAACCGCUCAUUAUUUGGAAUUUUUUGAAAAUACAUUUCAUCGUAUAAUUUUUUACAAUUAAAAAACCAACAUUUUUCAAGAAACAUAAUUUUUACAUUCAAAUAUUUUAAAAAAACUAUAUAAAAUAAUUUUUUUUUUAAUUUUCAUAAUUAAUUAAUAAAUUUAGAAUUUUUAAAUUGUUGGUCUUUUUUUACCGUUCAUCUCACGAUACUCCUCCUUAACCAAUUACUAACCAUUAUAUGCGCCCGACCGUCGGUACAUCAGGGUAUAAUGUACAAUAUUAUUGAAUGAUGAUAACAAUGUCGAAUAAAAAUCGAUCGGACCGUUAUUUUAUUUAAUUUUUUUUUUUUUUUUUCAUCGUGUCCAUGCAUUUUCGCAUUAUCGGCUAUUACAGCCGUAAAAUGUGUUUAAUCGAAAACUGACAUAUUUCACGGGCGCGCUAUUAUCGACUAUAUACUUAUUAAGUACCUAUAUAAUAUAUUGUAUACAGUGGCGUUAUUUGCGGGACGUUAGGGUACCUAUGCAAACGCAUCCCGUGCAUUUCGUUUAACGCGUUAAAAAAAUAUUUUAGACGCAGUUGAUCUCAUCGAAUUUUCAGAAUAAUACAAUCGUUUCGUAAUAAAUUUAACAAUACAUAUUUUUGUGGUUUUAUCCUGAUAAUUAAGCGAUAAUUAUAUAAAUAGAUAUGAAACGGAAGUCUAAUAUUUGUAUAGGUUAUUUAUUUUUUUCCUAUCAAAUUUAAUAUGAUCUGUAUCAGAAGACGUAAUAUCACAUUUUUACGAAAAUCGUUUUAGUGAAAAACGAUGUGGAACAAAUCUAGUUACUGGUUCGCGAAGGCGUGCGCACGGAGUGUGCAGGGUGUGCAGCCCUGCAAACAAUUGUGUCUGCUUUAAUAUUCGAUUUAUUUGCAAAUAUUAUAGUUAUUAAUUGUAAUUAAAAUGUAUAAUAAAUCUAAUAUAGGUACAAAUAAAAAAAAAAAAAAAAAUUGUUUUUUUAUAUUAAAAACUGAUAACCCGUCAGUCAUUAGCUUUGUUUGUUUGAAAAAAUUAGUCUGUACACUAAAGUGUUAAAGCGUCGUACUGUCGUGAUUGCGUUCUGGUGUACACUGGUAUUUCAUUUCAAAACCAACGUUUUUGGUGUAAAAUAAUCACACCAAUGUAAAAUUAGUCGCAUGUAAAUUAAUAAUUGUUUUUAAAUUAUAAACAAAUACAGGCCAUAAAUAAAAGUUUUAAACAAUGUAUUAAAUUUAUGUCUAAUAUUCUUCUUUUCAAUAUUAAUACAAGUACAAGUUGUAAACUAAAUUUGAAUUAUUGUAACAUAGAGGCAAUUAUGUUACUGGAUUGUAGUAGAGUCCCUAUAAAAAUUAUUUUGCACACCCCACGAAAAAUUCCUGCGCACGCCUAUGCUGGUCCGUGCAAAUUGUUUCGAUACAUAUUUAUUUUACUAUAAUAUGACGUACAUAAUAUAUUGUUGAAAAAGUAAUACUACUAACCGAACUCCGCUCAGAAUCGUUUUUCGUGAGCAAUGAUUAAUCUCUGCUUACAGAUAUACAUUAAAUUCCCCUUGAUAUCUUACCUUUCCAACUUCUCACCUUCAAAAGUGGCCCACCCACGGGUGAAAUACGUCUGCCUUUUCAUUUUCCGUCUUUUCACUACUUCCAUACCAGAAAAUUCACUCCGUUUGUCAAUACCUUAGAGGUUAGGUCUGUGAUAUAAAACGAUUCUGAGCGGAGUUCGGUUACACGUGUUUUGAAAGGCCGUAAUAUUUAUGAUUCAAGAAUAAUACGUUUCUCAAAUCUUCUCGUUAUUCCUACUUUUUCCCCCCGGGUUUUUUCAUUUGUUAUGAAAACUCCAGAGAAAAUCAAAAAAUGACUCUCCAAAGUACUAUCCCAGUACCAAGUUCGGAUAAGAAAAAAAAAUCGCAUUCGUUAACAUUAUAAAUUACUUCGAUAUCAUGUUAUUAUUAUAUUACUAUAUAUUACAUUGAAUUAAAAUAUUUUCACCCAAAUGGUUUCGCAGCACCACGACCAGAUCGUCACGGGCCAGGACAUCGGGCUGUCGGUGAGGUGUUCGUACGACCUGCAGAACCGGAGCGUAGGCCAGGGCAUCGAGCUGGCCAUGGCUCCGGCCACCGGGCCCGGGGGCACUGAAUCGGACGCGCUGGGCGUCGCGGACAAAGGUGUCGGCGGCGGCGCGAGCGGCAACGGCGUCGAGGAGACGGCUUUUGUUAUAUCGCCGACGGUGAUGAUGCGCAUCACCAACAGGGCGGGCGGUGACAUACACGCCGCGCAGGUGGGCGACCCGCUCAGCCUCCGGUUUCACAUACUGGACGACCGGUCGCCGUACGAGAUAUUCGUCCGGGAGCUGAUCGCCCUGGACGGCGUGGACGCCAGCGAGAUACUGCUGAUUGACGGCGACGGUUGUCCGACGGACCCCACCAUCAUGGGUCCCAUAUCGGCAGUGGACACGGGCACCGGCGGCACCGUCAAGAUACUCGAGGCGCCGUUCGACGCGUUCAAGUUCCCCACGUCCGACAUUGUCCAGUUCAAGGCUCUGGUUACGCCGUGCUUGCCCAAGUGCGAGCCCAUCAACUGCAACGUGGUCAGCCACAACGGUGCCAUCCGCCGGGCCGACUCGUUCGGAAGGUAACCAUACGAUACAUUAUAACGUAAUCUGGCCCUAUUUUUAAAAAAAAUUGAUUUUCAUAAUUUAUAUUAUUUAUGAUUCGUCGUAUUCUUUUAUAUCUUCGUUACUCUACAUGAUAUAACUAAACGAUAAUUCGCCACCCGGGGUUUGACUAUAAGAAAAGAAAAAGUCUAAUGAGCAUUAUGAUAUCGGUUUUUCUUCCGGUGUUUGAUAUUGAGUGUAAAAAUACAAUUUUUCGUCUUCAAGUAAUUUCGGAGUGGGAGGGGUUGAGAUAAAUACAGAAUUUUGUAGGAGUUUAAUAGCAGGUUGAGAUCGGGAGCGGCUAGGGACACACAGCCUAUCCAAACCAUCCAAAUCCCAUGAAAUUUGUAUUUCUCCAGUCUUAGCAUAUAUUCGAGCUAUUCUAGCCCCUUCCUACUCAAAAAAAAAAAAAAUGAAUCAAAUCCAUCUAUAUAAUAUGCUCAAGACUUACAAAAUGUAUUGGAGUCCAUUACAGUUUACAAAACAAUCAUGAUUUAUUUGACUAUAUUAUAUGAUAUAAACAAUACAUCAUGUAAAAAUGAAUAACCAAGUACGAAUAAUUAUGAAACACUGGUACGGUCAUUAUAAACGCAGUACGGUUCUAUAUGAUCAAUAUUUCUCAAAGUUUAAAAAUAAAAUGCACCCAUAACAAUAUGUCAGUUUGAUAAUAUCUAAUAUACACGAUAUUUUAACGCAUAAAAGUAAAAAGAAAAAAAAUCUGACCUAGACUAAUAGAGAUGGGUGCAGCUAUUAGUGUAGGUGAAAAGUUAGGAAGGUAGGACAUAGAAGAGAAUUUAAUGUAUACGUGUAAGCAACGAUAAACCACUGCUUAGGAAAAAACGAUUCUGGGCGGAGUUCAGUUGAUAGCGAUGCAUUGUCAACAAUAUAUAUGUCAUAUUAUGGUAAAAUAAUUAAAUAGGCUCAAUAUAUUUUCUUUAAUAAUAUUUGUUUAAUGUUGUAUCGAUUUUACCGUUUUUACCCUACGUUUUUCCUAGUUUUCCAUGUUUUUUUCUGGAUUGUCACAUUUCAUGAGAAAACUCUUGAGAAAAUUAAAAAGUGACUUCCCUAAAGUAUAACCCCAGUCAGAUUUCUUCCCAGAAAAGUUGUUAUACUUGUAAAUCGGAACAAAAUUACUGAUAGAAUAGUGUUCAACAGAAAAAAAAAAUAUUAAAAAAAUAAACAUUUUUGUAGAACCAAUACAUUCUUCGCUACACUCAGAAUCUAAUUUCUUUUACAGUUUUUCAUAUAAAAGAUACACACGUGCAUUUCCUGUGGGUAAUUUGUAUUUUAUUCUGAUUUUUAUUUAUGAAAUACCUAUACGGAUAAAAUAUUUAGUCGAUACUUUAAAAAAAAAAAAAUCUUAUUGGGGAUUUUGAAAGUGCUAAUUUUUAACUUGGAUAUAAUGCUAAAGAUCCCUUAUCACGCCCCUUUAUUUGAGCUAAUGGCCCCAUCGUAAAUUCGGCUGAAACAAUUUCACAAAUUCAAAUAUAUCACCGAGAAUGUAUACAAUUGCAUUAAAUUUUGUCAGCGAAUGUUGCUCGAUUAUAAUAUGGCUAAAGAUGGAUGUAUUUAAUUAUUGAAAUCCGAUUUCAAUUUAUCGCGGUCCCAAAGGUCGGAAUAAUAACCAUGUCACCGCGAGUUCCGUUUAACUACGUUUACCCGUACCUUAUACCCCCGUUUGAUUGCUUCUGCAGGUUACCGUCAUCGUUUUAUAGUGUAUUACCUAACUUUAUUAUUUAUAAAUUAUUUGCUGUCUGUCGUUUACACGUCGACCGUGUUCGGAUCAAUAAAAAGCGCUGUCUAGACUGGCAGCUGCUGCAGAUACCUCCUAUAAUAUUGUGUAUAGCCGAUUCCGUAUAUUUUACGACCCGUCUGAGUUUGUCUAAGCAUUCCACGCUGUAGUCUGCAGGGUACAAUACAAUCCCGAGUAACAGUCUUUAGAUUCUGAGUGAAGUGAGGAAUAUAUUAGUUUUACAUUGGUUUUUUUUUUUUAUUUUUUUUUUUUACCAGCGAACAACUUUUCUACCAUAAACCUUGCACCGAUUUACAAUGAUAGCAUUUUUUAUGAAAGAAAAUCUGACUGGGGUGGUACUUUAGGAAAGUUUUUUUUUUUGAUUUUCCCAGUAAAUGGGAAAAACCGGGAAAAAACAUGGUAAAACCGGGAGAACGGGAAAAUAUAUAGGUACAAUAUUAAACAAAUAUUAUUAAAUAUAUUUCUUUAUUUACGAGUAUCAACCAUUUCAAUAAUUUUGUUUUUAUUUUAUUAAAUAUUAUUAAAGAAAAUGUUUAAUGCAUAUGUAAUUGUUUUACCGUAUUACCAAAGCUUAAUUUGAUCAUCAAUUGUAGCAGUUUUACUGAAAGGGAAUGUUCUCAGGAUGGUACUUUACAGAGGUAAUUUUUUGAAGUUCUCAUUAAUAUUCGAGAUAAUGAGGAAGACAAGAUUCUUAGAGGUUAAAAAUGAUUGAAAGAUUAAAAAUAAGGUUGUUAUUGGCAACCGUUUUUAGUUAUUUUUUGUUAUUAUUAAGUUCUUAUUAUUUUUAUCUUUUUUAUAACAAUCACUGCUUUCAUGGAAACGCACCACAUUAAUUUUGUAAUCAUUUUACCAUGAUAUAUUAUAUAUUAUAGACAAAACAAUACUAUCAGCCGAAUUCCUCUCCGAAUAGUUUUUUCGUGCAAUGGUUUAUCGUUGGUUACAGAUAUACAUUCAAUUUCCCCUCUACUACCUCCCCAACUUCUCACCUAUAAUAGUGGCUGCACCUACGUGCCAAGUUAUCCGGCUUUUUUUUUCAUCUUCAAACACACUUACAGACCCUUCAAAUGAAGCCAGGGUGAUGAAAUUGUCUAUACUCAUCAAAUUAAUAUCAAAAAUAAACCUUUUGGUAGCUACAAUUUUCAUCCCCUAUCUUUAUCAUUUUUCCAUGAUCAAAUUUCACAAUUUUUUUUUUCCCAUAAAUCGCUCAAUUGUAUAGUGUAUUGUAUUGUAUACUGUUGUAUAUUAUUAUAGUGCUGGGUUAUUAAUUGUUCUACUGUUAUACAAAAUAGAUAGGGAAGAGUGGUAGAAAGUUAUUCGACUCAAUUGGCUCUGUUGCUCUCGGGUAUUGUUUUUUUUUUGCUUAUCGAUAAUACUGUCGUCAUCGCUGUAUUCAAUAUGUUAUAACGUACUCGUAUACAAUAUUAUACAAUGAGCGAUAAAUAUGAUUUCCGAUACCGGUAAACUCGUGUUCGUCCCAAUGCGAUAGAGAUUAUAAAACCUACAUGUUAAUAUUAUAUUGCAGGACACGUAUAUUAUUACAACUUAUAUUAUUAUACACAGUGAUAGAUUACAUAGUUUAGAGAUAAACUUGUCGUCGUCUAGGAAAAAACAAACGACACGAAUCGGUCGUAAAGUUCGCGCUGCUGUCAUCAAGCGGCCCACGGAAACGAGACGGCGCGUGACGGUGACCCGAAUAAUAAUUACAUUUCCCCAUGAACUCGAAAAAAAAAUUGCAUGUACGACAAUAUUUCCAAUUCGUUUCCUUUUCUCGACUCGAUUCUGUAAAAAAUUCGAGUGAAAAUGAGUAAAUUAGUAUUGCCGGUACCCCACAGUGGCGUGCCCGGAAAUUCGCAAUGGGAGUAAGAGACGCAGCAAACAAUCAAGAAUCGCGAAUACUUCGAAAAAUCUUAUUGUCUUUAUCCAUCAACCCGAUUAUGUGUAACUAUUUAAAAGCCGGAUCUAAAAAAGCCAAUUUCUAUAGUCAAUAAGCCAGUUUUUCCGUGUAAUUCGGCUAAAAUACAUUAUCGUAAAAUUAUGCUGAAACCGAGAUAAAACAACGUAUAGCAUAAGCAACAACUGCCUUUAGUAAAAAACAUAAAUUGUUGACUUAAAAAAAGUUACAUCCCAAUAUCAAGAAGAGACUUAUUAAAACAUAUGUAUGGAGUGUUGCAACAUAUGAAUGUGAAACUUGGGUAAUAAAUAAUACCGAAAAGAAAAAACUAGAAGCCUUUGAAAUGUGGUGUUUGAGACAUAUGGAAGAAUAAGUUGGAUAGAACAGAAAAAAAAUGAAGAAGUACUUAGAACUGUGGGAGAAAAACGUACACUCAUAGAUGUGAUUAGAGCAAGGCGGUAGAAAAUGGUCGGACAUGCCCUGAGACACCCAGAAGAGUUGCAUAAUAUAAUAUUAGAGGGUAUGAUAGAAGGAAAGAAAACUGCAGGACAUGGGAUGCAGGAGCCAAAACUUUUAAGGAAUUCAAUGAAAGGCUGAGCAAUCAGUCAGAAUGGAGAAUUGGAGUUGUAAAUCAAUCUUAGGGUUGAAAAAAUAAAUAAAAGUAAUAUGUAGACAUUUUAAUAUUACAUUACUGUUUACAAAAUAAAUAUGCCUAGUUGUUGUAUUUGUAUGCCAGUAAAAGGGAUGGAAUAGAACUCCUGACUUCCACUUAAUCUUGCACGCCAUUUUGGGGUAUACUUUAUUGUAUAAAAAUACGCGUAUACAACGGAAAUAGUAGAAAACGCAUCAAAAACGUAGAAUAUGGGUAUACGUGUAUUCACUUCUUGGUUUUUUGACAAUGCGUAUAGUAAAAACUUUUUGACUUGAAACGCGGGUAUACAUUCACAGAAACGCUGAUACUACACAAGGUGAUAAAUCUAUCAUAAGACACUCAUUAUCUCGGAAAGUAUUAACUUUUUUCGACAUUCGUUUUAUAGACAAUUUUAAAAACAAACAGCUCUGCAAUUUAACAUUUAUGUUAUUUUCUGUCACCCUAAUAUUUGGAGGUGAAACAACUACCUACUUUUGAUUUUCAAAUGGCAACCUAUAUUAAAAAUUCCAUAAACAGAUGGAUUAGUGGUUCUCCACUACUCCACUACUUUCCCCUGACCCAAACUUAAAAGUGGAAUUUCUCGUCAAUAGAUUGACGGAAAUUACAAAUUUAAACACCAAAAUUAAUUUCAACUACUACUCCGUUUAUUUAUGGAUAUUUUAGUAUAAGUUGCCAUUUGAAAAUCAAAAGUAAGUAGUCGUUUCAUCCCUGAAAAUCAUGGUGACAAAAAAUAGUGUAAAUAUUACAUUUUAUAACAGCUUGUUUCUUAAAUGUUCUUUAAAACAAAUUUCGGAAAGAGUUAACACUAUAUGAGAUAAUGAGUGUCUUACGAUAGAUUGAUCACCCUGUAUUAGUUAUUAUUCGUGUAUACCUGUCUUGUUUAUUAUUUACUAUUAUCAAAACAUCGUAUAUUGAUGUAUGUUAUCACAACGAUUUAACGAUGUAUGAUGAAAACAAACUGUGACCUUUUCCCCAUUUCUUUUCUCCAAACUGUUACUAAUGACUAGGACUCGAAAAUUAAUGCUCUUAAAAAGUACUAAACAUACACUUAUUUAUUUCGUUUUUUACACAAAAUCGUCAUAAAUAUGUUUACUAAGGAUUUUUCUUGAUGUAUACUUUUCCGAAAAUAAUUUUAAUCCGGGGUUAUUAAUAGUGUGAAGAGCUAUAUGUUUACUGACAAUAAUGCUUUAUAUAAAUGUUGAGAGAAUAAACACUUUUUUGGAGUUUAAGGCUAUAUAGUAGCUGCAGUAGAACUUGAGUGUUUUUUGUAUUUUCAUUUUUCAUUAUAUGAUAAGUAAUAACUGUUUAUUUAUGUUUUUCAGUAUUACUGUGCCGAGUCACAACAGAUUUUCCGUCACUGUUUACCUUAUACUAGUUUACUAUUAGAUUCUGAGUGGGGCGAAGAAGUUUAUGGUUUUACAAAGAUACAUAUUUUUUUUUUUUUUAUUUGUGCGCAACUUUUUUCACCAGCAAUAGUACUCCGAUUUACAAUUAUAGCACUUUUUUUUGAAAGAAAAUCUUACUGGGAAGGUACAUUAUGGAGGUCACUUUUCGAUUUUCCCAAGAGUUUUCUCAACAAAUUUGAAAAACCGGAGAAAGAUAUGGGAAAACCAGGAAAAACGGAAAAAUCGGUACAAUAUUAAAAAAAUAUUAUUGAAGAAAAUAUAUAAUGUCUAUUUAAAUAUUAAAUAGACACAUAAAUAUUAUCAUAUAUAUUGUCGACAAAGCAUCACUGUAACCUCUCUAAAGUACUUUCCCAGUCAGAUUUCCUUUCAGAAAAACUGCUAUCAUUGUAAACUGGAGCAAAAUGGCUGGUAGAAAAGUUGUUAAGAAAACUCCUGGGAAAAUCGAAAAAUUAUCUCUGUAAAGUACUUUCAUACUUUACAAAGGUAUGGGGAGUCACACCGAUUUGCUUUCAGAAAAGAUGCUGCACUUAAAAAUUGGAUCAGAAUUUCUGGUAGAAAAUAAUCCAGAGAAAAAAUAAAUAAAUAAACAUCUUUAUAAAACCAUAAGCUUCUUCGCUCCACUCGGAAUCUAAAAAGUACCCGGGUGUGUAAUAUAUACGGAAAUGAGUGGCGGGUUGGAUAAAUAAAUAUGUAUUAUAUAUAAAGAACACGGUUUAGUUUAAAUCCCGAAUGCGACGAUUAAUCACGUUGUAAACAAACUCUGUAGCGAAUUCUAGUGAACAUUUAUUUUUUAUUGCUGAAUUUAAAUUUAAAUUUUGCGUUUGUGUUCAAGGACGCAAUUUUUCCACGGGAUUCGUUAAAAUGUUACCUUCAAAAAAAUAAAUAAAAAGACCGUCCCGGUCUAAUUUUUUUUUAUCUCUAUUUUUAUAGACGAAAGCGGAGCGUCGAAAACCGGACGUCCGACGAGGUGGUGUUCCAGGAGAUCCGGAUCGAGGACAAGUUUAAAUUCGAAGCCCAAAUGGGCGGCGGCGGCGAACCGGGCCGGGAGAUCAAUUUCAACAACCCGGACAACCCUAGCUCGCUGUACUGGAACACGUGCGCGUUCGUGCUGCUGCUAAUCGCCUUCGUCCUGCUCCAGGUGUUCGUCAUAUUCGCGUGUUGGUUGUACGUGGCUCACAAGUCGCGCGGAAAUCGAGCCACCGAGUCCAUUUACGAGGCUGCCGUCAACGAGUACGCGUCGUCCGUCAACCGGAAUCCGGUCGUCUGGGACAACAGCUACUAUAAAUAAAAAAAAACUAUUCACGCGAGUUAGUUUGUGUUAGGCGGUAGGUCAGGUUUAAUCCUUAGUCAAUACGCAAAAUAUUAUUGUUAUUAUUAUUAUUAUUAUGUGUUCUUCGGCAAUUUAUUAUCCGAACUAAACGUGGGAUCGACUACGGUGGCCAGCGUGUGGACGUUUUUUUUUUAUCGGCUGCGGGUUGUGACGUCAUUACGUGCGACAUUAUUCUCCGCACAUUAACCGGUGACGGCUUUAGGAUUAUGGUUUUUUUUUUUUUGUUUUUUUGUCUCUAAAAAAGUUGUUUCCGAAAAAUCAAUCGUUUCAGUGGUGCACCCGAGGAGGGAGAGUUCGAAUCAUGCUUUUUACUAUUGCGCACGCAGUAUCAGAUGAAAAAAAAACCGGAAGUAUAGAUGUUUAAAAAUGCAAUCAGUAGAUAGCGAAAAUCGUGUUUUUCAUUAAAAACAAAAAUAAUACAAAUAGUUCUCAAAGAAGAAAGGGCAAUCCCCUUGUGCCCGCCCUAGGUAUGCCGCUGAUUCUUUCAUUAAAAAAGAAAAAAAAAAAAAACUAAAAUAAAACUGUAAUCGAUUUCUUUGGGCUCCUUAAAUGAAAAUAAAGAUUAUAGUAAGCGUAAAUUCGGGUUUUGUAAAAAUCGUGUGUCGUAAACGUUAUUCUUCGUAAACAUUUUUUGUGUUAGAUAAUUUUUUAAAUUUCAUUAAAUAUAUUUGUUUUUUUUUUUUUUCAAACACAUUCUUUUGACUCGGCUAAUCGAUUUCAACUCUGAUAGGUCGACAGAUAAUACGAUUUGCGUGCAAAUACAAAUUAAACAGUAUAACAUGUAAAACAAUUUAGUUUGAGAAGAAGGGCCCACGCAUUUCAGACGUUUAUUCCAGUUUAGAUUAAUUUUAAGUCGACGUUUUCUAUAAGUAUUUAAAGCGAAAUUCGACUAAUUUAAAUGUUUAUGACUGUAUAGGAAUUUUUUAAUCUAACGAGUUGACGGAAAAAACAAAAAAAAAAAAUCCCGUUUGUUUAGUCCGGAAUUUUGAAACUCAAUGUCGCCGCCCCUCCCCUUCCGCAGUUUAUUAAAUACUAAAAGUAUACGCACACUCACACGCGGUUGUGAAUCAUGCACUGAAUAAUAAAUUAAUAUUUCGAGCAAUGGAUUUUAUAACACUCCUGUAAAACGCGUGCCGCAAAAAUUGCUUUCUAACUCAAUAAAACACGAACAUUUUCUAAAACUCAUUGGGUACCUAUGGUACUUUUAUAACACACGUUUUUUAUGACGCCAAUUUUGCCGAGAUUUAUAUUAUUGGACUUUACGAUCCUCGAACAUCACACGACCGCGCCGCCGAAUUCCGACACUUAAUAUUAUACAUUUAAGUGGAAAUAUUCGCUAAAUGAAAAAAAAAAAACACAUAUUUAUACCUAACCGUAAUACAUAUUUGAUAUUUAUAUUUAAAACAUACUUGUGUACGGGUGCUAAGAUUACGGAUCGUUUUGUUAAGAUAGGUCUUAAAUACUCUAAAACGACAAACAGUGUUCUAGACUUCUCUAGAUAAAUUAUUAAUCUAGUUCAUACCUAUUUGUCUAUCUUUUAGCACAUCUAGACGAAAAAACCAUAUUAUUUUCUAUCUGAGGAUUAUCUAAAUCAAACGAAAAUAUUCUUCUUUUCAUUAAUUAUCUAGAUAAAAAUAUACACAAACCUAAAAUACAUAAAUAAUAAUAAUUAUAAAAUAUUUUACUUGAAGUAUAAACGGGCCAGUUAUUAGGAAAUUUAACACCUCGGGAUAACAUAUUUUAUCCCCCUUCCCGAAAAUUUUUUAUAAUGGUUAUAUAACUAUUUUCUCAUAGACAAUGACGCGAUGAUAUUCUGCAGAAAAUUGAAUUGAUUAAGAAUUUAACAAUAAAUGGCAAUUGAAUUGGUCACGGUUUUCACGAAUUUUUAACAUAAACAUUUGAAGGCAGAACCCACACAUGGUAUCAUAUGACAACAUUUUUACCUAGGUACAUCUCAAUUAUAAUAAUUAAGUACUAUACAAUAAUAGUAUAUACAAUAUAAUAUAAAUAAUACGUACACUUGUCCCUCCCCUCCAAAAACGGGCCUGAAUAUAAAUUGUAUAAAAUAUUAAAUAUAAUUGUAGAGGGAUUUGGUUAAAAAACUGGUUUAAAAUUGUUUACCCCUCGUUAUAAUACUCUUAACAAUAAAUAAUUUUAUAUGUAAAAACAACAAAAAAAUGCUCUCUUUUUUAUCUGGAUAUCAAUUCUACUUAUCCGAGGCCAGAUAAAUGUCAUUUGCCUGCGUCCCGAGAUAAUUGCUCGCGGGCGGGAUAUCAUUUUAUUUUAAAUCUAUAUAAACCUGCUAUUGGCUACCUAUAAAUUGUAAUUUAGCUAUCUAACUAACCGAUAUAAUGACAACACGGUAAUUUAUUUUUAUUUUAAUCGUCCAUGCGUGGCGUUUGGAUUCCGCUUUUUUUUCCUAUUACAUUUACGUUAUGUACAAUAUUGACGUAAAGUACCUAUUAGAUUCAUAAGUUUAAUUACUAUUGUAUUCAUAAUACGC